UUUCAAUGUAGCCUGUUGCCACUGCAGUGCACAGUACAAGGAUCUAUCUAGAAGCUAACAUUCUAAAAAGUGUUUUGUUUUGCUACAGUGGGAUUUAUAUUCCUUCUUAGAUGUGUCAGUGGGUUACAUUUAAUGACAAUGUAAGAAGGAGAUAUAAUGCUUCUGACUAGAGAAACUCAGAAUGAAAAUGACCCCUCAGCAGACAAGUCUACAGAAAGCGCUUAGUAGCAAAGAUCUAGGAUCGUGGAUCCAGGAAGGUGGAAAGGUGCGUAUUGUGCAACAAUUGUACUGUUUAUGCUGGGAGGGUUAUUCACUAACAUGUGAACUGUCAGGAAUUCAAUCUGAAAUGUUAUGGCCAAAAAAAAACUAAACUGGAAACUUAGCCGCCUUGUAGAAGUUUUCUAGUUUUGCUGCUUUCAUUUUAUCAAUUUCUCAACCUGUAGCACGUGUUUUCUGUACGGUAUUUAUGACCGGUACGGGGGAUACUUCAGUACGUGUCUGUCUUUUGUAUUGGUGUUUGAUUAGAAUUAGUAUUUUCAAGAUAAAUGUUUGAAAUUUGGAGAAAAAACCUGGUUGAAAGUAUAUUUGCAAACAUUGGGCAGGUGUUUCGUAAAGGAGUACUAAUGUGUCAAACAUAACCCUGGUUUAGGGACAGUAUAUAAGAGAAACAUAUAUGCCAAUCUAUCUACUUGUGGGCUGCUGUUAGUCUGUAAACCCUUGGUGUGUUUAGUUAUCAGUUAUGAUAUUUUAUAGCAAUCUGUAUUGGCUUGGAUGUUGUAUAGUCUAUUACUGGAAUGUGCACAUUGUUCAUUCUAUAUUCUUUGUAAAUACUGAUAUAUAAUAAAUAUAUUAGAAAAAGGUACAAGUCUACAAUGUCUAUAUGAGUGUAUUGAGCUGAAAUGUUUAUAUUCUUUUUAGAAAUGCAUACAAUAUUGCUUGCAGAUACAUUACCUGCUCAAAGAAUCGUUAUAUUCUUAUGUCUUAAGGUAAAUGUUAAAAGCAUAAUUAAUGGAUUAUAAUUUUAAAUAGAUGGCUAUACAGACUUUAAUUACAACCAAACUGACAAAACACUGUACAUCUCAUGCAUCUUUAUUUGGAAUUGUACUUUUUUUCUAAAUUGUAAACCGAAUGGAUGAUAUAUGUUCAUAAUCAAUACUAGCAGAAUACUUGUAAAACAUAAUAAUGAUUGUUAUUCACUUACCUGUGAGUAUUUAGAAACGCAAAGUGAAAUUAAUGUGAAUUUUCCGUUUUAGACCAAAUAGUUGAAUUUGAAAUAUUUUUCAAGCCAGGUGUGUUUUCAGUUCAACUAUUUUAGACAAUUAUUUUAUUUUAUUUUAAUUCUCAGCAAUUCACAUUUUAGUAAAUAACUCUGCAUGUGCUAUUUUAAAAGAUGCCUGGCAAGAGAUUUUAUGGUAACAAUGAGGGGUAGUCCUUGAACGCCAGAUGUGGAAAAACAUCAUAGGAAACAACAUUUUGACUGCCAAAAUGUAGCUGUCACUGAUCUAUAGAAUGCAAGAAGGAAUUCAUCAACAUUUGUUUGCCUUAGUAUGAAUAUAUUUUUUUUGAAAAUACAUUUUAAUACUUUGAUAAUAAACAUUUUUAUCAUAAACUUAAUCUCAGCUCUUUUGAAAAGCAUCUUUAGACAGAUGAUGAACUGAUAGGUGAGGGAGUAAAUGUGUGUUUUGGUACUAUUGUAAUAGUGGACAUAUCUGUGGAAAAUAAUAGAUUACAGAAUUAUUCUAAGCAAAUCUCCUACAGGUAAACAUAGAUUUUCUUUAAUUCUCUAUAUACCACUGUAUUGAAGAUAAUAACGCCCUUGACAAACAGUACCAUCUGAAGAUACCAUCUGUUAAAACAGAAAAUCAGAAACAACUAAAUAGAAUUUUUUUUUAAAUGUCAUUGACAGAUUUAGUUGAAUAUUUCUUGAUCUAGAAUACAGUAAAACACAAUUUAACCUCCUUAGCCUGCCUUUGCCACUUUAAGUAUAGUAAUAACUCACCUUAUUUCCAUCGCCCCGGCUCCAUCCCCUUGGCUGACAUAAUCAGAGUUGAUGAUCUCAGCCAAUCACAAUGCUUUCCCUUUCAGAAAGCAUUGGAUUGGCCGACAUAAUCAAAUCUGAUUAUCUCAGGCAGACCGGGCGACGUAGCCAGCGCUGUCGGAUCCAUGCAGCACUGGAAAUAAUGUAAUUGAAUCAAUCCAUCUCUAUGGGGAGACGCUGAAUGUCAGUGCUGAACUUCCAGCCAGCACCUCUAGUGGUUGUCUGAAGAGUGGCUACCAGAGUUGUUCCUAGACUAUAUGACUAUAUAUAUAUACACAUAAUGUAAACUGAAAAGGCAGUUACAGCAAAAAGCUUGCAGGGACAUACUAUACUCACCAGAACAACUACAUUAAGCUGUAGUUAUUAUGGUGACAAUAGUGUCUCUUUAAAGUUAGCCGUAAUGAAUAAAAAAAACACAAGAGGCAGUUAAUUUGCUAAACACCAAAUGAUAGUAUAUAGCAUCCAAUCCCCUGUGUUGCUUGGGCUAAUGAGCAAUUGUUAGUCUGAAUAGCAAUGGGCAGCUUUCAUUGGCUGAGAACACAGUGCCCAUUGCCGGUAUUAUUUGGUGUGGAUAGAAAGAAGUGUGUAAUCUCUGUCUUAGCCAUAUCUGCAUUAGGGGCCAGGGCUGCAGGUGGCCAGGGAUGCUUGUUUAGUAUUAAAUUGCUGGAAAAUGUUUAACACUGAAUAGAAGAACAGUGCCUGGGGUCUCCAGCUACUAUAACCAAUACAAUGAGAUGAAGUAGUUAUAGUACCUACUAGACUUGUGCAAAACAUAGUUCGAGCUAUUUUGUUUAAAUAAAAUUACUGGAUAUCGUCAAAGCUAAUCGAUUCUUGAAUCGUUUUACCUUCCAGUAUCGAUUUUCUUGGGGCAAAUAAUGAUUAACACAUUUUUGCACAAGUCUAGUUUCUACAGUGUUCCUUUUAAAACAAAGGCCUCAAUUUAAUAUUUUUGGGUAAACUUUUAAAAGGGUAUAACAUUUUUUGGAUAAUCUAAAAAAAAAAAAAUGAAUAAACUAAAAUAUUAAAAUAUAAAAAAAUAUACAUCAGAUAUAUAUUUAUAUAUAUAUUGAUUAUAUAUAUAAUCAGUAUAUAUAUAUAUAUAUAUAAUCAAUAUAUAAAAAUAUUAAAAUAUUUUUUAAAAUAUUAAAUCAAAAAUAGCUAAGAAUAUUAAAUAAGUUGAAAAGCUUAUGCAAAAAAAUUUAAUUGAGGCCAUAAAUAAAUGUGUACCUGUCUGUAUUUAAAAUUUCUUCAAAUGUCAGUUGAUUUUUAUAAAUAUGUUGCAUUUUUGGCUUUUCUUACUGGUGAAAAUCAGUUAUAUCAUCAAAAUGUACAUGAACAUAAUGUGCUCUUGCUGUGUUAUGGGAAGCAAAUGAAUAUUCUCAUACUGGAACCAGGAAGAAAUUCCACAAGGUAAAACUGCACACAACAAUAAGCAAAAACAGGAAAUGUUAGGAGAUAAAUAAGAUUCAGCUGACACAGUCAGGAAAAUUACAAAAAAGGAAAUCUUUCCUUAAUUCUUAAUGUACUAAUGGACAAUGUUCUGCCACUUACACAUAUAGGAAUUAUAGCUCCUUUUAUUACUAGAUGUACGCAGAAUAUUUAAUAAUUUAUUUUAAAUGCUAAAAAAAGUAUUUUCCCUAUAUAUUAUAUAUUUCCCUAUAGAAAAAUCUUGGAGGAAAAACAUGAUGUUAAAUGUGUAAAGAAAAAAAAAAGUAUAGCGUGCACUUGCCAAUACCGUGAAAUUACCUUCAUGUACAUGUUCUAAAAACAAAUAAUAUACACUUAUUUAAAUCACAUUGCUAUAUCUUUUAAAGUAUGAUGUUUUUGUUUGUAUAAUAAAGUAUUUGGUUAUCAAAUUCUCUUGGACCCUCCUGUCUUCAGUGUUCAAUUUCCCUUUGCGAUUCCUUGAACACAGAACCUUAUGUAUAGAGAUUUUUAACUCACAUCAAGUGUCGUGACGGGAGUUUUUUGCUCUUCUUGCAUUUUUUAGCCUGCAGUUCCUUUAGCAUUUCACACCCACUCUAGAAUAUAUUUUUAUACAUUUGCCGGAUUAGAUUUUUUUGUAUUACAGAAACCUCUAGCCGCAUAACAGCCACUAGAGAUAGAUAGUUAUUUUUAAUAAUGUAAAGGAACACUCCAAGCACCAAAAGCAGUGUUAGUGGUCAAACUGAUAAAAAAAUGGUUUAACAAACUACAUGAGGUCCUUCCGGCACUGGUUACCUCCUCCCAGUGAUGUAUUUAGCAUUUGUGCUGCAUUAGACGGAAGUCGGGCAACCCCUAAUUUACAUUUGCCCCACCCCUUCCUGUCAAUGCCACACCUCUUCCUGUUAAACGACUAACACACACUUUGACUGACAGACACACUCUCAGAUUCACUGACAUACACACACUGAUUUCACACAAUCACUGACAUACACACAAUCACUGACAUACACAAUGAUGCAGACACACACACUGACAGGCAUACACAAUCACUCAGACACAUUCACUGACAGACACAUACUCACAGACACACACUGACAGACAGACACACACACUCACUCUGACACACAGGUGCCCUCACAGACACAAUCACUCAGGAACAAACAUAUUCACUGACAGACACACACACACUCUCUCACUCACUGACAGGCAGCCACACAGUGACAGACACACUGACAGACAUACACACACAAUCAUUCAGAUACACACUGACAGACAUACACACACAAUCACUCACAUACACACUGACAGACAUACACACCCAAUCACUCAGACACACACUGACAGGCAUACACACACCCUCACUCACUGACAGACAGUCACACAGUGACAGACACACUGACAGACAUACACACACAAUCAUUCAGAUACACACUGACAGACAUACACACCCAAUCACUCAGACACACACUGACAGACAUACACACACUGACAGCCAGGCACACACAAUCACUCAGACAUUCACACACUGACAGUGCUCCCCCCCAACAUUAACCAGUUACUAUUUCUUUUUUAGUUUAAAUCCACCCAGCCUCCAUCCCUUUGGGAGUCCAGUCUUCUUGCAGGAAUGGAUGCAGGCGGCCGGACGGCUAACUAAGAAUCCGGGCAGGCGGCGCUGGCGAGGGAGCACUGAUUAGUGAGCUGUCUCUGCUCAGCUCCCUCGCGCACCGCAGAGUGAUGCCGAAAGCCGGAAUAUGACGUCAUAUUCCGGUUUCCAGGAUCACUCUGAGGCACGCGAGUGAGCUGAGCAGAGACAGCUCACUAAUCAGUGCUCCCUCGCCAGCGCCGCCUGCCUGGAUUCUUAGUUAGCCGCCCGGCCGCCUGGAACCUUAGUUAGCCACCGCCAGGCUAACAAGGUAUUUGCCUGGGUGUUUGGGGACGGUGUUUUUGCCUCCCCCUGGAAAGUGCCGCCCAAGGCAAAUGCCAUUUUUGCCUUGUGGCAAAUACGUCCCUGCCUCCUCCCCUGCACCCCAGAGAGUCCCUGCAGUGAGCUAACUCAGAUGUGCAGUGCUGAGCUCACUGGCAGGGAGUGCUCAGAUGAUGCUCUGCGGCAGUGGUAGGAGUUAGCUCAGUGGAGCGUCAGAACUCCACAGGCAGAGGGAAUCGGUGCCCAGUGGACCCCAGCCAAGUUGUCAAAUUGCUCUUAAAGGGACACUAUAGGCACCCAGACCACUUCAGCUCAUUGAAGUGCUGUGGGUGCAGUGUCCCUGUCCCCCUUAGCCCUGCAAUGUAAAUCAUUGUAGUUUUAGAGAAACUGGUGGUUAACCGACUUUUGGUCACCUGGCGCUGGACGUCCGCACGUUCUGCAUGAAAACAUCCAGCAUCUGUUAAAUCCCCAUAAGAAAGCAUUGAGGUGUAAUGUGCUCAAGGCUCUUGCUGUGCAUGCACAUUAGUCCCCUUUCCCCUGUUCAGAUGAUGUUGAAGGAGGCAGAGAGCCGGCCUAACAUGAAGGGAGAUCGGCACUGGAAUUGGGUAAGUGUAAAAAGGGUUCCAUGCCCCUGAAGAGGGUGAGGCGAAGGAGGCCUUACACUAUGGAAUUCCCUUUGAAAUCUUUUAAUUACUUACAUUGAAUGGGUGCCAGACACUGUGAAGGUACUUUGUUAAGCUUGGCUCUAUUCACCAAUCCUAUACUAAGACUUGUACUAACAGUGAAGUAGAGAUCACACUGAUAAUCUACAUAUGGCCCUGUGGAUAUUGAUUUUUGCUGCAGCAGCAGUUCUCUCUGUUAGUUGCUUCCUAAACCUGAAAAUAUUUAGGUGUCUCAGGGUUUAUUUAAUUGUUACAUGUGAUAUUGACAGCGGACAUGUAUAUUUGCUCUAUAUUUCCAUACAUUCCCUGAAUUCUUUUCUAACAGGGGAGCUAGUCAUUUAUAUCUUUGUUAAUAGAUGACUGUGGCAGAGCAUGCCAAUUAAGGGGACUGUGAUAGCUCAUGAUGGUGGAUUUAACAAAAACACAGACUAUUUAUUUAGAUUGGUUAAGUAAAUAUUCCUUUUCUUUUCUUUUCAAUGUUUUGAUUGUGAACCACAUUCACAAUAUUGGUAGACUUCAAAUACCAGCGCUCAUCACAUACUAAUAAAAGGAGUGCUCCAUGUUCGGAGUUUCUAGUGUUGUACAUUGUCAUUAUUAUUAUUAUUAUUAUUAUUGCUGCCAUUUAUAUAGCGCCAACAGAUUCCGUAGCGCUUUACAAUAUUUUGAGAGGGGGAAUGUAACAAUAAAUAGGACAAUUACAAGAAAACUUACAGGAACAAUAGGUUGAAGAGGACCCUGCUCAAACGAGCUUACAGACUAUAGGAGGUGGGGUAUUAGAAACAUUAGGACAUGAAAUAUCAAGUAGGAGUGAAGCAGAGCUGGAGGAGAGAGCAAAGCACUGUCCCAUAGGAGAGAGCAGGAGACAGGUAUGUAAGGUAGAGAUUACUCUGGGAGGCCAUAAGCUUUCCUGAAGAGAUGGGUUUUAAGGCCCUUCUUAAAUGAUUGAAGACUACGGGAGAGUCUGAUUGCGGUAGGCAGGCUAUUCCAUGGAAAAGGAGCCACCCGCGAGAAGUCCUGCAAGCGCGAGUUGGCCGUACGGGUGCGAGCAGCGGUCAGGAGGUGGUCACGGGCAGAGCGGAGGGUACGAGGAGGGGCAUAUCUAUGGAUUAGUGAAGAGAUAUAAGUGGGGCUAGAAUUGUUCAGUGCUUUAAAUGUAUGGGUUAGCACUUUGAAUUGACUCCUAUAGCAUACAGGGAGCCAAUGUAAGGACUGGCAGAGGGGUGAGGUGUGAGAGGACCGACUAGAGAGGAAAAUCAGUCUAGCUGCAGCAUUCAUUACAGACUGUAGCGGGGCAAUACGGCUUUUGGGGAGACCAAUCAGGAGAGGGUUACAGUAAUCCAUGCGGGAAAUUACUAGAGCAUGGACAAGCUCCUUGGUAGCAUCUUGUGUAAGAAAGGGGCAGAUGCGGGCUAUGUUUUUGAGUUGGAACCUACAGGACUUGGCAACAAACUGGAAGUGAGACUCAAAGGUGAGACCAGAGUCAAGUAUGACGCCAAGACAGCGUGCUUGCAGGGGUGGACUUAUGUGAAUAUCACUGACUUGAAGGGAGAGCGAGAGAGGAGGAUCAGUAUUAGGAGGAGGAAAGACAAGGAGUUCAGUUUUAGAGAGGUUAAGUUUCAGAAAGCGUGAGGACAUCCAGUCAGAGAUGGAAGAAAGGCAAGCAGUGACAUUCUUUUAUAGUUAUUGUAUUCUAUCCUCUCUUUUUUCACAGUUACUUUAGGAGCUCCUUCUUCAUGGUGUUUUGUAGAACCAGUUUAAUUUCUACUUUGAUUUACUGCUGCUGCAAUAGAUUUUUCUCUUACACAUCUUUGUGGGCACUUUAAACCACUACCCUCUAUCUUCACACAUCAUUUUUGGGUCAUGUGUCUGAGAACUUGCACAUAACGUUAGGGUAAAUUAGGAACAACAUUAUGUUACAGGCACUACUAUGGUCAGUGAGCCAUCUGGAGGCUCACCUUGCAUCUAGGGAAAUCCAGAACUGUGAGCAUAUGUGUUGCAAUGAUUCAUUAGCUAUGGGUAACUGUUUGUGUCAGUUUUCCAAGUUCCUUUUUUCUGUCUAUAUUGUCAUAUACGUAUAUGUAUAUUUUGCCACACAGAGCAAACCCUCACACACUCAGCCAAUAAGCUAAGCCUGAUACUGCAGAGCUUAUCUCAAGAGAGCUUACGUAAGUUCCUGCAUAUGAAUUUACAGCUCUCUGGCAUUGGUAGUGGAGACAGCAAGUGGAAUGCAGCAGACCCUAUUUAAGAAGUCAAACCAUUCAAAAAUGUUUUGACUCCUUAAAAGUCAGAGGUACCUUUUGCACCUCAUGCAAGUGGUUAUGGUGCUUGGAGAAUCUCUUUAAAUCCUUAAAAUGUAAGCUCUGAUCUACUGCAUUAUUUAAAACAAAGUGAGAUUGAAUAACAGUAAGAUAAGCUUUUUUUCAAUCAGAAAUGUCUAUCAAACUAAUUUUAAUAUUUCAUUAACUUACCUUAAACUAAAUGAUGUAAAAGAUCUUGUAUGUCUGUACAUUUUAUAAUCAUACUAUUUUAACAAGAAGAAUUUGCUUUGAGAUUGAUCUCAUUUUCAAAUUUGCACUAUAUUGUACAUAUUGCAAUUAGUUAUUUAUUAUUACCCCCCAGGAUGAAUCUGUAUUUUGAUGUCUUUUUUGUUUCUGUUUAAUUAAUUCUUGUAAUCAGUACUUUAAAGGAUCCUUAGCCGUUACCAAUCAGAAAGCCUCCGGUAAAAGGGAAAACAUAAAAUACAUAAUCAAAGCACAUGGUGUACUUUGCAAAAAGCUUCCAUUAGCGCUUGUCCUAGAGCUUCGAAUUUUACAAGAUGACAAGAGGCUUCAUAUUUUGCAUAUCUUUAUUUUUUACUGAACUCAUUAGUAGCAAAGAAAAAUACUACAUAGAAACAAAGAACCAAUCAGAAACAAGCAAUAUAUAUAUAUUCAGGCCAUUUUUCAGGUUCCACUGCACUGCAGAGAAUUGCAACACUUGCAGACCACCUUCCUUUUGACUGAUCAAUUUAUGAUCAGUCAGUCACACUGAUGGAGGAUGUUCGGUCAGACCCACACUGGUGGCUGUGACACAUGCAGGCCUGGAGCGGGUGUGCGAUCUUUGGUCUGCAUCUGCACUAUAUGUUGGAAUCAGACUUCAGCCUUUGGGGUUGGGCCGCUGCUAGCAAUAAAACCUCCACCGGGUCUAUGUAGUCAGAACAGGAGACCUUAUUCCAUAUCAAUUGUCUAGAGAUCCUGACAGGCUCCUUUACCAUUUGCAGCCUAGCAAGAGGGAGGUCCAACUGCUGCAUUCUGCUCUGGAUGGACAAUAUGUUCGCAGUAAAGUAAUAGAGGUCCAGGCACUCCUUGGUUCAAGACAGGUACUUUAUUAGGAACCACAACAGCAAUGUUUCAACCCCAAAAGGUCUUUGUCAAUAUGUUCGCAGUUGGCUAGGGGACACACUCUAACAAAAGAGAUAUAUGACUUCUGUCUGACCACAACAUUACCUUAAGAGCGGAAUACCUUACAUCAAACCUCACAGCAGAUUGGUUCUUAAGACACUGGAGAGAUACCAGCGAUGUGGAAAUUUGCUUCCCGCUGGAUUCAAUGAGGGGUACUUUUCAACUGGAUCUAUUUGCUUUCCGCACCAACCAUCAGAUGCCAGAAUUCUUGAGUAGGAUUCUGGAUAUGGACAGCAAGGCAGUGGAUGCCUUUCUCCAACACUGGCUGAAUCAGGGAGUGUUGCAUUUCCCCCCUUCACGCUGAUUGUGAGGAUGAUUCAUCACAUGUUGUAAAAUUGAAGAUUCACAAACCAGACUUUACAUAGGACACAAGGUCAUGCGUUUAGACUGGAAGAAAUAAGAUUUAGUCUAAGGCAAAGAAAAGUUUUUUUACUGUAAGAACAAUAAGUAUAUGGAAUUGUGUGCCUGAAGAAGUGGUUUUAUCAGAGUUCAAACAGAUGUUCAAACAGCAACUAGAUGAAUACUUGCAAAAACAGAAUAUUCAAGGAUAUAAUUUUUCAAUGUAGGGUAAUAGCUUCUUGAUCCAAGGAUAAAUCUAACUGCCAUUCUGGGAUAAAGAAGGAAUUUUUUACAUAGUUUGUUGCAAAAUUGAAAGUGCUUCAAACUGUUUUUUUUUGCCUUCUUUUGGAUUAACAGCAAAAAAUAAAUGUGAAGAAGGCUGAACUUGAUGGACGCAAGUCUCUAACUAUGUAACUAAGUAACAUCCGCUUUCCGCAAGUCUUUUGGAGUUAUUGUGCAAAGAUAUAUACCCUGAUCUUUGAAGACCAACUUUAUCUAGUGGUUUUGACACUUUAUGAGGUCCCUGGCACAUCAGAGGAUUAUUGCUGGUACUUCUUUCUUGGUCAUUUCCAUUCCACUGACUGGUCGAGGGCAGUGGCGGAUCCAGAGACUGACCUCGGGAGGGGCACUUUUAUAUUAUUUAAAGAAAUAAUCCAUGCACGAUAACCACUACAGCUCUGUGUAGUGGUUAUAGUGCCGGGACCCCCUCCCAGAGUAGAUCUGCUGGAAUAUGGGGCUGUAGUAGAGCAUAGGAGCAGUGCUGUAAUGUGAGGGGUGCAGUGUGUGUGGGGAGGAGGGGGUGUAGUGUGUGAAUGUGUAGGGUGUGUGGGGCAAUGUGUGUAUGGGGGCUGUGUAUGUGUGGGGGGCAAUGUGUGUGGGGGGCAUUAUGUGUAUGAGUGGGCAGUGUAUAUGUGUGUGGUGCAAUGUGUGAAUGUGUAUGGUCUGUGUAUGGGGGGACAGUGUAUGUGUGUGUGGGGGGGCAGUGUGUGUAUGGGGGACUGUGUGUGUGUGGGGUAGUGUGUGUAUGGGGGACUGUAUGUGUGUGUGGCAAUGUGUGUGUGAGGGGCAGUGUGUGUAUGGGUGGGCAGUGUAUAUAUGUGUGGGGCAGUGUGUUUGUAUGUGUGGGGGCAGUGUGUGUAUGGGGGAAUUGUAUGUGUUUAUGGGGGCAGUGUAUGUGUGUGGGGGCAGUGCAUGUAUGUAUGGGGACUGUGUGUAUGGGGGGCAGUAUGUGUGUGUGGUGUGCAGUGUGUGUGUGUGUGUGUGUGUAUUGUGUGUGUGGGUGUGUGUGUAUGUAUGGGGGCAGUGUGUGUGGGGCAGUGUGUAUGCAGUGUGUGUGUGUGUAUGGGGGCAGUGUGUGUAUGGGGGCAGUGUGUGUGUAGUGUGUGUAUGGGGGCAGUAUGUGUGUAUGGGGCAGUAUGUGUGUGUGUGGGGGGCAGUGUGUGUAUGGGGGGUAGUGUGGCAGUGUAUGUGUGUGUGGGGGCAGUGUAUGUGUGAGGGCAGUGUGUGUGUGGGCAGUGUGUGUGUGGGGGCAGUGUGUGUAUGGGGGGCAGUGUGUGUAUGGGGGGCAGUGUAUGUGUGUGUGUGGGGCAGUGUAUGUGGGGGGCAAUGUAUGGGGGGCAAUGUGUGAAUGUGUGGUGAGGAGGGUAGGGGGGGCUUUUUGAUAAAAAAAUAAUAAUAAUGUAUAAAAUUUAAUACAUUUAUGUCCCCCCUCCCUUCUUACCUUUUCUGGGAGGAGGGGGGACAUUUCUCCAUCCCUGGUGGUCGGAUGGGGAUUCCCUGGUGGUCCCAGUGGUAGGAGUGAACUCUAGCCCAUAGCUCCAAGGCUAGAGUUCACUCACGCGAGAUUUGGAGUGUUGCCGUGGUAACCGCGGCAACACUCUGUGCUCGCGAGAGUAGGACCCAGAGGAGCUGCAGGCUGAGCUCCCGGGUUCUCUCUCCCUCCCCUGCCGGCUGCCAGUAUGGUGUCUGUGGAUUUCUGAUCUCCCUCCCCGGCCCGCAGGCUCAUUGCAGGGCUGGCACUUGGACAAUGCCAGCCCUGCAUUAGCCGGCAGGGGAGAAUCUCGGGGGGGGGGCAAUCUCGGGUGGGGGAUCCGCCAGUGGUCGAGGGAGAAUACUUUACUGUAUUUCUAAUUUCGACCAUCCUCUCAUGCUGCUUUUUCUCUUUUAUUUCAGUGUUAAAAAUACAAAUUAUGCAAACCCCUGUCAUGUUGUAAAAUUGAAGAUUUUGUUAGCUAUAAUUGUAAUAAUGACAGAAGGCGAAUAUUUAUCCACCCUUCCUCCUUACAUGGUUGUGUAUUCACGCAUCAUAUGUUUCAAAGUAUCCUUUGAUUUCGUUUAGAAUUUCAGGUUUAGUUGCAUGUAAUAUUGCGCUUUACUGGCUAAGCCUAUUUUACAGUUAUUGUCGUUUCAGUUUAAUUUUCUUUGUAGGAUGAAUUUUCCUCUGAAUGUUGCCUCUCUUUCUCAUUUAUCGGAAUUCGUUGAUCCUUUGAGAUGACAAUUGCACAAGUGUUUAUGUAGGCCUUAUGUUCCUGUGUUUCAUAUUUGGAAAGAAGAGAUGCUUAAGACUGCCUCACCUCAAUAUAAUUUGCUUGUUUCUCAUUGGUUCUUUGCUUCUAUGUAGCUUUUUCUUUGCUGCUAUAGAGUUCAGUAAACUAAGAUAUACAAAAUAUUUGGCUCCUGUCAUUAUUAAAAUUAAGAACUUUAUUAUAAUCUUCAAUUGGGUAUAAGUAAAGUUUAGUAAAAUACUCAAACUAAGAACUGGAUUCUCUCGAGGAUCAGAUUAAGUUAGGAACUUUUGUAUGACAUAAAAAAAAAAAGGAACUUAAACAUAUUAGCUAUGUUAUGUGAAUAGAAAAAUAUCUCAAAAUUGACUUUAAUUCCACUUUGCAACACUAAAAUAUAUGGACACCUCUGAGUGGUGACUAAUUAUGCAAGGCAUGAUCGUUUAAGCAAGGUAUGGCAGUGUCUGUGGUAAGCAGAUAAUACAAUUGUGGGAUUUCCAGUUACACAUGUUACUAUGAGUGGAUUAAAGUAUGAUUCGCAUGUUUAGUCUGUAGAAAAUCUGAAUCAUGAAUAGCAUAUCAAAAAGUAUAAUUAGCAUAGAAACAUAGAAUGUGGCGGCAGAUAAGAACCAUUCGGUCCAUCUAGCCUGCCCUAUUUUCUAAAUACUUUCAUUAGUCCCUAGACUUAUCUUAUAGUUAGGAUAGCCUUAUGCCUAUCCCACGCAUGCUUAAACUCCUUUACUGUGUUAACCUCUACCACUUCAGCUGGAAGGCUAUUCCAUGCAUCCACUACCCUCUCAGUAAAGUAAUACUUCCUGAUAUUAUUUUUAAACCUUUGUCCCUCUAAUUUAAGACUAUAUCCUCUUGUUGUGGUAGUUUUUCUUCUUUUAAAUAUAGUCUCCUCCUUUACUGUUUUGAUUCCCUUUAUGUAUUUAAAUGUUUCUAUCAUAUCCCCCCUGUCUCGUCUUUCCUCCAAGCUAUACAUGUUAAGAUCCGUUAACCUUUCCUGGUAGGUUUUAUCCUGCAAUCCAUGAACCAGUUUAGUAGCCCUUCUCUGAACUCUCUCUACGGUAUCAAUAUCCUUCUGAAGAUACGGUCUCCAGUACUGUGUACAAUACUCCAAGUGAGGUCUCACCAGUGUUCUGUACAAUGGCAUUAGCACUUCCCUCUUUCUACUGCUAAUACCUCUCCCUAUACAACCAAUCAUUCUGCUAGCAUUUCCUGCUGCUCUAUUACAUUGUCUGCCUACCUUUAAAUGAUCAGAAAUAAUCACCCCUUUCCUCAGAUGUUGAGGUUAGGACUCUAUCAAAUAUUCAGUACUCUGCCCUUGGGUUUUUACGUCCAAGAUGCAUUAUCUUGCACCUAUCCACAUUAAAUGUCAGUUGCCACAAUUCUGACCAUUUUUCUAGUUUACCUAAAUCAUUUGCCAUUUGACUUAUCCCUCCUGGAACAUCAACCCUGUUAAAUAUCUUAGUAUCAUCAGCAAAAAGACAUACCUUACCAUCAAGACCUUAUGCAAUAUCACUAAUAAAAAUAUUAUAGAGAAUGGGUCCAGGUACAGAUCCCUGAGGUACCCCACUGGUGACAAGCCCAAGCUUCAAAUAUACUCCAUUGACUACAACCCUCUGUUGCCUGUCACUCAGCCACUGCCUUACCCAUUCAACAAUAUUGGAAUCCAAACUUGAAGAUUGCAGUUUAUUGAUAAGCCUUCUAUGCGCAACAGGGUCAAAAGCCUUACUGAAAUCUAGGUAAGCAAUGUCUACUGCACCACCCUAUAAUUUUAGUUACCCAAUCAAAAAAAUCAAUAAGAUUAGUUUGGCAUGAUCUCCCUGAAGUAAACCCAUGUUGUCUCUGAUCUUGAAAUCCAUGUGUUUUUAGAUGUUCAACAAUCCUAUCCUUUAACAUGGUUUCCAUCACUUUCCCCACUACUGAAAUAAGGCUUACUGGCCUAUAGUAGCCUGACUCCUCCCUAUUACCUUUCUUGUGAAUGGGCACAACAUUCGCCAACUUCCAAUCUUCUGGGACUACUCCUGUUAACAAUGAUUGGUUAAAUAAAUCUGUUAAUGGUUUUGCUAGUACACCGCUAAGCUCUUUUAACAGCUUUGGGUGUAUUCCAUCAGGUCCCAUUGACUUAUUUGUCUUUACUUUUGACAGUUGAAAUAGAACCUCUUCCUCUGUAAACUCACGUGUAAUAAAUGACUCAUUUAUACUUUUUCUUAACUGAGGUCCCUUUCCUUCAUUUUCAUCUGCAAAUACCGAACAAAAAAUAUUCAUUGAGGCAGUCAGUUAGACCUUUAUCCUCUUCUACAUAUCUUCCUUCUUUUGUUUUUAAUCUAACUAAUCCUUGUUUUACUUUUCUUUUCUCAUUUAUGUAUCUAAAAAAAGUUUUGUCCCCCUUUUUUACUGACUGUGCUAUUUUCUCUUCUGUGUGUGAUUUGGAAGCUCUUAGAACUUGCUUAGCCUCUUUCUGCCUAAUCUUAUAGAUCAUUCUGUCUUUCUCACUCUGGGUUUUUUUUUAUAAUUACUAAAUGCUAACUUUUAGUUUUUUACUAUUUUGUCCACAUCUGCGGAGUACCACAGUGGUUUCUUGAAUUUUUUGCUUUUACUGACAAGCCUAAUGCAAUUUUCUGUUGCCUUUAGUAGUGCAACUUUUAAAUAAUCCAAUUUCUCUUGGACUCCAUUUAAAUUGCUCUAGUCUGAUAAUGACUCCUUUACACAUAUUCUAAUUUUAGAAAAGUUUGUUUUUCUAAAGUCUAAAACUUUUGUUUUUUGUGUGGUGUGACUCAGUCACUGUUCUUAUAUUAAACCACACUGACUGGUGAUCACUGGAUCCUAAACUUUCACCUACAGUAAUAUCUGAUACCAAAUCUCCAUUUGUUAACACUAAAUCUAGUAUGGCCUCUUUACAAGUUGGCUCCUCAAUGACUUGUUUUAGAGACAAUCCCAGUAGGGAGUUUAGAAUAUGUGUGCUCCUGGCACAAGUAGCUAAUUUUGUUUUCCAAUUUACAUCAGGAAGAUUAAAGUCACCCAUGAUGAUAACUUCCCCCUUCAUUGUCAUUUUAGCUAUUUCCUCAACUAGUAGAUUAUCUAACUCUUCAAUUUGUCCUGGGGGCCUAUGAAUCACACCUACACGAGUUACUGUGUGAAAUUCUAACGUAACCCAAACAGACUCUAUGUUCGCCUCACUAACUUUUAUUAGGCUAGAUUUUAUGCUAUCCUUCACAUACAGGGACACCCCUCCUCCUUUCUUGCCUUCCCUGUCUUUUCUAUAUAAAGAGUACCUUGGCAUUGCUAUGUCCCAGUCAUUUUUCUCAUUAUACCAUGUCUCAUUAACAGCGACUAAAUCUACACUAUCAGUUGCCAUUAUUGCCACAAGUUCAUUAAUCUUAUUCCCUAAACUGCUAGCAUUUGUAGACAUGACUCUAAGCUUAUCAUUUUUUAACACACUUGCUACAGGCACCUUCUGUCCUUGUUUUGGGAGACAAUUGGAUUGAUGUUUUAUCACCCUUUUGCUCACCCCUCCUAGUUUAAAUACAUCCUAGCAAAACCUCUGAACUGCUCACUGAGAACAUUUGUUCCCUUUUGAGAAAGAUGCAAACCAUCUUUUUUGUACAGUUUUUUUUCCAUUCCAAACAGAGCUACCAUGAGAAAUAAAGCUCCAGACACCAUUCACCAAGCCACAAGUUAAAGUCCCUAAUAUGCAUCCGCCUGUCGUUCUGAGUGUUAUGCACAGGCAGAACUUCAGAGAAUGACAGUGUGGAAGCAACCUGUCGUAUAUCAUUGGCAAAAAACACUAAAAUCUUCCUUAACCUCUGAAACCUCAUUGCAAGCCAAGUCAUUUGUCCCUAGAUGGAGAAGUACAUCCAAUUCCCCUUCCUGCUUUUCUUGCUUAACAAUAUUACAGAUACGUCUCCUGUCUCUGUGAGCAGUAGCUCCGGGAAGACACCUCACAAGACCACCAUUGUCCAUCUCCACACCUCUUAUGAUGGAAUCCCCAGUGCCUCUCUCCACAACACCACUAGCCUCAGUGCCUCUCCCCACAACACCAUUACACUCUGAAAGUGCAGAAAAUGAAUUGUGUAGAGCAACAGACUGUGCAAUAUGCCUUUUAUCCACAACUCUAAGUCUACCAGAUCCUACAGUAAUCCAUCUGCCAUUCCUAGUACGUCUCUGCGGCAGUGGCUUUGCAGCAGUUCCAGUCUGAGUUUGUUUACCAGAUAAUUUACAAAUCUCAGACUUCAAAAAUACAAUCUCCUGCCGCAAUAUAGAAAACUGUCUACAGAUUAGACAACAACCAAACCUCCAAAAAGUGGAACGUGAAACAAAUGGAUAGCAACUAUUACACUGAACUAAGUCUGCCAUUCCAAUGAGGUGAAUAAAUUAAAUCAAACAAAUCUUAACUUUUUAUUUAUCCUCCUGAAUACCUCAGAUUACCUCCAGUUUAUCUCCAGAAUAUCUCCAACCACACACUUAGAAGCAACACUUAGAUGAAGCAACCAGGCUAUAUUGUAUGUAAGUACAAAUAUUCCUAACAUGAUCUGGUUUCUGCCCUCAGACCAUUUCAGGGCUAAAAAUAACCUUUCGUUUAUCCUUAGAAUUCACAGAAUGAAUGCAGUUCUGUAUACUAUGUCUCCUGGCAAUGCAUACACAUGGAGGAGAGAUUUUAAACUAUUUAACCCCAUCAAAUAUAGGUAAAAAGUACAGAACAGAGUAACCGUAAAAAGUGUCAUUACUGUGUUAUCUUGUGAAGUUUAUUUGCAGGGAGCUUGCAAUUAAUCUAGAUUAUAACCACCAAUAGACAUAGAGCUAAAAACACAUACAAUAAAAUGUUAAAAAUAUUUCUGUACCCGAACAAUCUCUAAACUGAUGUUUGAAACUCUCAACAGGAAUGUCUAGUUUUUCAACGGUACAUAAAUUAUAUUUAUUUCUGCAAGGCUCAUCCUGAUAAAUCAUAAAGUGAUGUUUUCUUCUGAAGCUGAAUAUACGAAUCCAUCGAAUACAUGGCACUCACUCAGUGUAGCUAUUAUAUGUUUAGAGUUCCAUGAGAUCUUAUUUAAGACUGACGUAGUAACCUAUGUAAUCUGUGUGCAUUGCUUGAAAUAGAUUGGUACGUUACAAAGGAGUGCUUGAUUGACGUUAUAGAUAUAUCCUGUGUGAGAACAAAAACUUUUUCAGACUCGAAGGAAAUAUUCAGUGGUUUAUUAUUGUGAGUGAUAGUAAUUAUAUCACACAAACUACACAAUAAAUUAACUAUUUGUUUUUCGGGGCCAUAGGGGUGGGGGAGGUUAUAAAUUGUAUAAAUUAACUUCUGGUAAAUCUGUUUUGGAAUUAUUAUGGAUCAAUGUAUUAAUCUAUCACUUUAAAAAAAAUAUAAAAAAAAUCAAUUUCUCUUUUAAUCUAUUUUUCUGCCACUCCAUCAUUCUAUCUAUCUGCCUGUUUACUCGUUACUUAGCUGUUCAGUUCCAGUUCGAUCCAUUGGGGUUCACUCAAAAUUGUAUGUAAAUAGUCAGUUUUUUGUUUCUUCAAAUGUGAAGAUACUAAUGUCUAGGGUUUAUCCACUAAACAGUGAAUUGUGGUUAACCAAAGCCAGAAUUACAGAACUCAGGCUAGAAUAACCAUAAUCUAAAUCAGCUAUGACCUAAAUUCCUCAAUUUGGGUUUUGUAAGGAUAAUUGUGGGACAAAAUCUGGCAGCUGCCAUUCACUACAGUCCACAGUUUAGUGAAUUAACCAACCCGUGAAUUUCAGAAAAUUAAACAGUCCAAAUGAUCACUUCAGCUAAUUCAGUAAAUUAACAUUUGCUGUAGCACUUUAUUUAAGCUAAUGAAUCAAAUAGUCUGACUAGAUGGAGCAGUUGGUCUCUAUCGCCUGUCAAAUUCCAUGUUUCACUGGGCAAUCUUAUACUUGUGUUUGUACUUUUUGUUUUUAUAAGCAGGACUAUAAAAUCAUCGUGGAUAGAAAAGAUUUAUACUGUUUUAAAAGGCUGGUAUGGGACUAUUAGCUGUAGCUUCUAUUUUAACUAAAUCACUGCUUGCUUAUCAAGAUACAGACAAAGAAAAUUUUUAGCUAUCCACAUAUGUAUAUAAGUAUGAAUAAUUUUAUACAUAUAGCAGGCAGAUCGGUACUUCAGCAUGGCUCAGAUGGUGACAUCAACGUAUAAUUAUUCCCACGGGAUAAGGCAUCGAUCGACUCCAUCUAGUUUGAGGGGUCUGUCUGAGACUAGUGGGAGCAAUACUUUUGAGUAGCAGCUGUUGCGGUUUAAAUUCAACUAGUUCCCCAGCAAACUCAAUAGUGGCAGCUAAAAUGGCUAAUGUCUGCUAUUACAACUCCCACUAAUCCCAAGCAGUGCUGGGACAUGUGACACUAAACCUUAAUCCAGGGGGGAAGGAACUUGACAUGUGCACAGUCGUUAUUCGGCAUGUGCCAUAAGCCAUCCCCAUUACCUUUAAUAAAUACAGGCACCAAUUUCUGUUGGGAAUAUAAAGUCCACAGCUUUAUUAUAUUAUCAUCAAUAACUUAUACAACAUUUUAGGGUCAUUGCCAAAACAAUGAGGAUAUUUUAAACCAAUCUCCCUCCGUACCCCUGGCAAUGACCCCAUACCAUAUAACAGUGUAUAACAGUAUAAAUAACAUAUAACAUCAAACACGGCCUACCAAAGAUGCCCAUAUCCAACUGCUUAACUUGUAGGGGUGUACCAAGACAUCCCUACACCCCCAGAUUCGGAGCCACCGAUGAGCUCGAAUCUACCUACCAAGCGAACCACUCCUGCCUAAUCCAGCCUAGACCUUUUCCAUGACCACUAUAUACUCCACCUACUUCCCAUUUAUCCUAGCCCUUCCCCGCCGCUGUGACCAAAUGGGGAACACUACUAACCACAGAGAGGUUGGGAGGGACAAGUAACAGGUAAGUGCAAGUUGAAAAUUAAAAUGGCCACUCUCUAAGAUGGCCGUGCUUUAACCCUCUAGUCCCCACGCCCAUUACCACAUGACAAAGUCCUACCCCCAAUUAUUAAAAUACUACAUGCCUACUCUCUGGCCCUGUCAAGGCCCAUUCCUCUAACUGCGUUGCUCCAUGGGCUACAGGGAAGGGAGAUGGGGAGGACAAACUCUCCCCAGAAAAUCUGGUAGUUUUUAAGAUCAUUUAUUUCACUGUUAAAGAAAGAUAAGAAAACAACAUGUUAAUGAGAACUGGUUAUUCCAAUCUACUAGUAAUCUCCCUAGUGAUAAUAUAUCAUAUAUGAAAUGCAUGGUUUCAUGUAUGUAUUAUACAUACAUCCAGAUUUUCUUUGGUUCCUACACCAAUGCCUUAAUUCCAACACUACCCUAAUACGUACUUUAAUCUGAGCUUUUACACCUACAAUGUUUUAGAAUAUAUACUACCCUAAGCCUUACACUACACUGACUCUAAACCUAGCCGUAAAACUAACUCUAACUUCAAUGCUAGCACACUAACCCGAGACUAAAAAUACCGGAUAUCGGAAUUGCACAUAAGCAAAACAUAUGUUAGAUACACUUCCUUAUUUAAAGACUUUUGAAAGGAGUAUCAUCAGACUUAUGUACAUAUUUCCUAUUUGAUUAUUUAAAAGAAAAAAGAUUAAUCAAAACAAAUAUGCAUGCCCACUAUUCCCAUGUAUGUUAUGGUAUGGUAAAUGCCUGCUUUGGAAUUGUUUAGAGAAGAGCAUAUGGAUAUCAAUUUUCAUUUGGAACACGUCUAAUGUAACAUAUGUCACUCAUAAUUAUAUAAUUACAAAAUAUUGCAAUUUUGUUUAAUUUUAAACUUGCAAUCCUGGAAUAUUCCUCUCAAGGUAAUAUGAUUAAUGAAAAAAAGGAAAUCCUGGUUUUAAAGGAACACUUUAGGGUCAGGAAUACAAAUGUUUAUUCCUGAUCCUUUAUUGUUAAAACCACCAUUUAGGUGGCAUGCCCCCCCCCCCAAGCCUACUUAAAAGUUAAGAAAACACUUACCUUAUGUCCAGUGCCAUGCAGCACUGCCCCAGGAACACCUCUAGGGGCUGUCUGAGUGACUGCAACUAGUGGUGUCCCUAUGGAGCAAUGUAAACACUGCCUUUUUCUCUGAAAAGACAGUGUUUACAGCAAAAAAGCUGCAGGGACUGACUAUACUCACCAGAACAACUACAUUAAGCUGUAGUUGUUCUGGUGACUAUAGUGUUCCUUUAAAUUAAUAUUGAGUUCUAACAUUGGCAACAUUACUGUCAGACAAAGGUUUUUGAUUGUAAUUUUAUUUUAAACAUGCAAUGCCAACAAAAGUUCAGAGAGCAUUGUCAAAUAAAAAACAAAAGGCAAAGAAUUAUGAUCAAAGCCUAAAAUAGGUAAUGGUUGUCACCAACUUUAAUAACCAAUUUUCACAUUGGUUAUUUUCUUCACUUGAAUCUAUUUUUCCUAAAAGUUCUCCCAACUGAAGGAGAUAGGUCCACACUGAUUUCAACAUAGACUCAUCACAAAAAUGUAUUUGAGAAGCUUCCCAAUGAUUAAAUAGGAAUCAUGAGAAAAGUAAACUGAUUUGCUAAAAAUGCUCUUAUUGUGCCUGUUUAGAAGACAGUUGUGACGGUGGAAUGAAAUUAUAUUAAUCUACUUUACAAAUAUGGAACCAUAUAUAGAAACAUACAUAAAUGAACUAGAUUUUCUGGUUACUGACUUUCAUUUCAGUUUUAGGUGUAUAGUCUGAUUACUAUUAUCCAACUACUCAUCAAAAUACAUCUUAGUUGUACAAAAUAGUUCUGUAAUUCUUUUAAUUGUAUAGUGUUUGUGACUCCUGCCUUCCAAAAUGUUUAGGGAACCAUAAUGCAAUAAAAGGAUGGGCAGGCAAAGCACUAACAUUUUUAAUUACACGUACAGUGUGUAUUUACAAGUAUUCCUUUUCAUACAAACCAAACUUAACCAAACUUAGAUUUAAAGAGGCACUGACCCCCACCCCCACUUUAUGAAAUACUUACUUUACUUUGACUGUGUUGGAAUUUUACUGAAAUUCCAAACCAGUCAAGAGAUAUACUAAGACAAAGUAAGACACUUCUAGACACUGGGCAGAACUACCGCCAUCUGGAAGUGUCAAUUCUCCAGCCAUUAUCAGUGGCAGCUGCCAGGAAUUGCCUCUGUCUAUCGAGAUCCAUAGAUCUUGAGGGAUCCUCCAUAGACCCCAAUUAUGUACUCUUGCUCAUGCAAGCCGUUGGCUCCUGGCACUUCUGAAGAUUAGCCUCUGGAGAAAGAUGGCCUCACCCCUGAGGGAAAAGUUCAGGUUUGUAGAACUCACCUCUGCACCUUUACUUGCCCCCGCAGCCAAUAGACCCCCUGCCCCCUGCAGCGAUCUCACCGUUGGGAGUCUUUGCAAAUUUUGCAAAGUUCUCAGACAGUGAAAGUGCUUUAAGUAUUAGUGAUUGGUUACGGUAUUGUUAACCUCUACGAAAGGUUGCUAACAUUCUACAAAUUGCACUAAUAUUGUAGUACGUUAUAACCUAGUACUGCCUCUGAUUUCCUAGUUAUAAUUUGUUAACUCCCUUGACAAUGCGUUAGUUUCAAUGUCCAUGUUAAUUUUUAGUUUGCAACAUUUAAAGAACAGAAUGUCUGAAAUCUAUAUUUAUGUUUUCAGUAAAUCUUGCAAAGCUCUACUGACCCAAUUUCCCAUCUAGUUUUUUGAUGAUUAACUCCAUAAGCCACCAACCUACGUAGGUUUUCAGUCUCUCGUUUCCAAACGUUGUCUGGAAUUCCGUGCAGCUGAGCACGUAAAAAAAAAAAAAAAAAAAAUGAGGUGAAGCUUAUAAGAGGUAGAGUGACUUAGAUGGCUCCUUCUAAUGAAACCCAGAUGCUGGGAGCUGUAUUUAUUCAACAGAUCACAUGCAGUGCCAACUGCUAACUAUUGUACUACAUUAGGGUAAACAUAAUUCUCUGUGAUAAGCAAGCUCAACCUAAACUGUUAAGUGAAAUCCCAGCCUGUUAUACUGCUGAUUACCAGUUGCAUUGGCUCAGUACUAAGUAUCAUGGCUUCAAGCCAGUCAUUAAGCUUGACAUUAUCUGAAUCUGCCAGGUGAUGCACACGUUGAUGACUAGUUAUUUCAAAAAUGUAAUAAAAAUUAUUUAUAAAGACAAAAAUAUAUAUGCAUUAACCCAAAUGAUCCAGGGCAUUUAUAAAAUAUUAUCCUCUAUACCAGUGGUUCUCAUAACCCACAAACAAUCCAGAUUUAAGUAUUUCCCUGUUUUAUUCCAAUGGAGAUACUGACAAUACCUGGAUUGUUGAUGGGUCAUUAGGACUGGUGUGGGAACCACUGCUCUAUACGGAGCAUCACUUGAAAACUGAGAAACCCCAGUUCCCCCACUAACGUAUAAAUAAAUCAUAACUUAAAAAUACAUGAUAAAAGUAUAUCUUAUUUUUUUUUCCCCUCAAACAUUAUAUAGACUAUAUAAUCUUGAAGAUGUGAUAAUAGACAACAUGCAGCCUGUGUAUUUAUUGCUAGAUAAUAUAGCUUAUCAUUCAAACUGACUGUGAUCUAUCAUUUCUCUUUAAUGGAAGACAGUUAAAAAAUGUGUAAAGCAGCGAGGGCAGAACUUAAAAUAUCUACCUGCUAAAUGUCCCAUACACAUUAGGUCGUUGCACCCUGUAGUAACAGCCUAGAGCAGGCUUCCCCAAACUCCGGCCCUCCAGCCUGGUCUAGAGUGAUAUUACCAUAACUAACUCACCAGUUGGGCCAGAUUUAUAAUUUGAUUUAAAAAAUGGACUACCAAGAUGCCUUUAAAUGGGUAACUGAAAUAAACAAAAAAAAAGAAAACAAGAAAAAAACGUUGCACCGAAAACCAUGAUGAUGAAACAUCCACGGACAGAAAAAACCUUGAAAUCCAUCCGGACAUAUAGCAAAGAUUAUAUGGGGUCAUUGCAUAAAGUGUGAAUUGUUGGAAAUUUAGACUUAUUUAAAAAUUAAUUUUAAACAUUGGGUCAAAAUAUCCGACUUUUAAUAUUUGGUUAUUUUGGGCCUAAAAGGUUGAAAUUCACUUUAAAUUCAAUUUGAAUUUCCAACAAUUCACAUUAUAAUGAAUAAACCAGUAUAUUAUUUUUUCUAUAAAUAGAUCCUCAGUAUGUCUUUUUUUCUAGGGUAACCUUAGUUUAUGAAUAUAAUAAAUGAAGGAUUUAUUGUGUGUGCAUUCAGCAAGGAGCUGGGACUCACGUUUUUGGAUAAUCUAGAAUAUUCCUCUAAAGCUACGAGGCAUAGUAAUUUAAUAAUUUGUAAAUUUAGUGUAAACUGUAAAUAAACUGUAAAUAUUACCCACAUUAUUUCCAAUAAUCUCAUGAUUAAAUAUCACAGCUCUUUUUCCAUCCACAAUAUCAUGGUUAAGAAUUAUUUCUAGGUUUAAUGUAAUAAUAAAAAAUGCGAAACAAAAGCAGAAAUGAGAAUAACUAAAAAUGUUAGGCGAUCGUUUCAAUCAAUUAAUUAAUUUUGAGCUGCUGCACGACAUGAGGGGCAAAUACAUUAGAAUAUAUAGGUGAUUGAUUGUGUUGUAAUGCAUGAGCAGAGUGGAACACGGAUAUUAUCUAGAUUCUAGAACAAUGCUUUUGUGUUUACCUUUAUCAUCUCAUUUCCUUUUUUAUAGUGUCCAAUCUGACAUAUUUGAAGUUCCAGUAUUCUGAGAUAGUUUCCAGCUGUUAUAAUGUUAUUUCUCCACGUGUUGCAAUCUGCUAACAAAUAAUAGGGAUAUCUUUAUUUUUAUUUUUUUGGAGUAUUUUAUUUGGCUAAAAAGUGUUGAAGAAAGAGAUUAAACAGACUACUAUGCACAGAAUUAAGAUACCCAUGAUGCACAAUGUUUCACAGCUGGUGCCUGUAUCAGACAGAGUGAAUACACAGUUACAUUUUAUAUGACCCUUGGCAAAGUAAAUUAUAUUGGGUAUUAACACGUUCACCCCUUCACUUCAAGAAUCAAGUGUAAAUAUUUUUAUUUUCAGAAUAAAAUUUAGUUCAUAAAGCCUCACUUAUGCUCAUUUAUACUCUAGGAAUGAUUACCAGUUUGUAGAGGACCAGGGCUGUUUUUACAUUUCUGCAGUGUUUGUGUUUAGUUGUAAUUUGCCGCUUACUUAUUUACUGUACCCACACAUAUUAUAUACUGUUUUCUCGCCAUUAAAUGUUCUUUCUAAAGAUAACAUUAUUUUCAUCAUAUAAUUUACUAUAAAAAAAUUAUAAAAUAUGCUGAAACUUUUUCCACAAAUACACUUUUUCAAACUUAGACCCCCAAAAUCUGUUACGCAUCUACAACCGCCAAAAAACACCCAUGCUAAAUAGUGUCUAAAUUUUGUCCUGAGGUUAGAAAUACCCAAAUGUUAACGUGUUCUUAGCUUUUUUUGGAAAGUUAUAGGGCAAUAAGUACAAGUAGCACUUUGCUAUUUCCAAACCAUUUAUUUUUCUCAAAAUUAACUAAAGUUACAUUGUAACACUGAUCUGUCAGGAAUCCCUGAAUAACCCUUCACAUGUAUAUAUAUUUUAAAAGAAGACAACCUAAGGUAUUAAACAUGGGGUAUUUUGACUCUUUUCAUGCCAUCAUUUUACCACCAAUCUAUGUCAAAUUAAAAAAAAAAUGAUUGGUGAUUUUUUUUGACACACAUAGCAAUUUAAGAAUACAUGUACUGAUAACUUUAACGGUUACUGCCAAAGAACACCCCGAUAUGUGUUUCCAUGCACUAAUUCUACCACCAGUCUUUGUCAAACAUUUGGGUAGUAUUUUUUUUUGUUGUUGUUAUUUUUCAUAUUGUACUUUAGCCAUGGAUUCUCAGUUCCUGUUAUGUGUUACUGACAAAGAACACCCCAAUAUGUGUUCAUCACCAUCUUAUGAGUACGGUGAUACCACCCAUGUAUAGGUGUGUCAGGUUCUCUGGGGGCUAAAAUACCUUAUUUGGAGGGUGUGCAUUCCAGUUUUCCAACUUGGAAUUUUCACAGCUGGUCAUUAUGUACCCAUGUCCAAUUUGGGACAUUUUUGAAGCCGGCCAAUGUAAUUUACCCCCAUCAAACCACAUAUUUUUGAAAAACAGACAUCCCAGGGUAUUUCAAAAGGUGGUAUUUUAACACUUUCCAUGCAAUAAUUCUACCAUCAGUCUUUGUCAAACAUUUGGGUAGUCAUUUUUUUGUGUUAUUUUUCUCUCACAUUGUACUUUAGGCAUGGAUUCUCAGUUCCUGUUAUUUGUUACCGACAAAGAACAACCCAAUAUGUGUUUAGCAACAUCUCCUAAGUACAACAAUUCCCCCAAUGUACAGGUUUUAUGUUUUUUUGCAAACUUACAGGGGUCAAAUGUAGGGCUUUCCCCUUUUCCAUGUUUGCACAUUGAAAUUUGCCAGAUUGGUUUGCUGGGCCUAUGUUGCCUUUGAGACCGUAUGGCAGCCCAGGAAUGAAAAUUAACCUCAUCAUGGCAUACCAUUUGUAAAAGUAGACACGCCACAGUAUUUAAAAUGGGGUAUGUCCAGUCUUUUUUUAGUAGCCACUUAGUUACAAACCCUGGCGAAAAUUUGCAUUUAGAUAAGUUUUUGCAUUUUUCACACAUAAACCGCCCUUUCACAGAUGAUAUUAUCAGAACAAUACAUUUUACUGCUCUACCACUCUCAUAUUUGUGUAGAGUAAUGUCUCACGAGUACAACAGUACCCUCAAGUACAGGUUUUAUGGUGAUUUGGAAAAUUACAGGGUCAAACAUAAGAUUUGCCAAUUUCUGCUUUUCUAAAUUGCUAUUUGCCAGAUUGUCUAUGUUGCCUUUGAGACAUUAUGGCAGCCCAGAAAUGAAAAUUAACCCGACCAUGACAUACCAUUUGUAAAGGUAGACGACCCAGGGUAUUCAAAAUGGGGUAUGUCCUGUCUUUUGUAGUAGUCACUUAGCCACACACGCUUGCCAAAGUUAGCGUUCAUAUUUGUUGUUUGCAUUAUUUUACACAGCAACUGCACUGUUACUGGUUAUUUCAUCAUUACUGUUUUAAACACUCAUAUUUGUAUUCAGCAAAGUCUCUUGAGUAUAACAAUACACCCCAUGUAUAGGUUUUAUGAUGUUUUGGAAGGUUACAGGGUCAGUAGGGCUUGCCCAAUUCAGUUUGCCAGAUUGGUUUGCUAGGUCUAUGUUGCCAUUUGAGACCAUAAGAUAGCCAAAGAAUGUGAAUUAACCCCAUCAUGGCAUAUAAAUUUCAAAUGUAGACAACCCAGGGUAUUCAAAAUGGGGUAUGUCCAGUCUUUUUUGGAGUAGCCACUUAGCCACAAACGCUGGCCAAUGUAAGCAUUCAUACUGUUUUUUGCAUUUUUUUACACAAAAACUGCACUUUUACUGUUGAUUUCAUCAUCAUGAUAGGUUUUACUGUUUUAAACAUACAUAUUUGUGUUCAGCAAAGUCUCCCGAGUAUAACAAUACCCCCCAUGUACAGGUAUUAUGAUGUUUUGGGAAGUUACAGGGUCAAUAGGGUUUGCCCAAAUCAGUUUGCCAGGUUGGUUUGCUGGGUCAAUGUUGCAUUUUGAGACCAUAUGGUAGCCCAGGAAUGGUAAUUAACCAAAUCAUGGCAUACCAUUUUCAAAUGUAGGCAACUCAGGGUAUUAAAAAUGGGGUAUUUCCAGUCUUUUGUAGUAGCCACUUAGUUACAAACGUUGACCAAAGUUAGCGUUUUUAUUUGUUUUUUGCAUUUUUUAAACAAAAACUGCACUUUUACUGGUGAUAUCAUCGUCAUGAUAAGUUUUACUUUUUAAAACACUCAUAUUUGUGUUCAGCAAAUUUUCAUUUUUACGUUUAAAGAGUAAUCUAUACACAGAUUGCAACUCUACUAUAUGCCUAUCCUGUUUCAUGUAAAUGUUAUGCUAAUCUGUUUUCGAACAAAAAAUGCUCAGUAGUGCAGGGGUUAAAAGUCAAUGACAUAACACUCAUGGAAUAACUUAGUAUUAUUGAAGGGUAAAAAGAGUUAUGGCCAGGGAAAAAUCUAAAAGGUAAAACUAUUUUUGCAGACUUUGUUUAAAAUAUUCAGAUUACGCUAGGCGUAGCCAUGUUUGCGUUUCCAACUAUUUAAUUACAUUUCUCAAAAUUCUAUUUAAGACUAAAACUUGCUGAUAAUUAUGGAAACUGCAGUCCAAAAACAGGUGGACAGUUGAAGUCUAUCCCAUUGGAUUAGACAGAUGAAUGGCAUAGAUUUUAUUUAGAGGAAUUAUUUUCUGCAAGUGGUUUUUUUACCCCAUAAAAAUAACAUCCUAAGCAACAGAAUUAUUACAGCUUAUUGCAGUAGUUAUGGUGCUAUGAGUCAGAAGGUGCCCUGCCCUGGUUUUCUGUCAUUCUAUUUUGGAAUGGUUCAACAAAAAUCUGUCCCCUGCAUUUAUUUAUUUAUUGCUGGCUUGGAAAUUAUUGUGUAACAUUAUCUGUGUGAAUGCGUUCAACUUUUGACAAAAGUGAUAGCGCUUGAGUGCUGGAAUCAAAUCACCCAAAAUUAGUUGUUGGACAACUGGGGGACAGCAACAAAGCUGCUAUGAUAAACAGUAUGUUACGGUGAUUAGAGUUUUCCUUUAACUCCCUGACCUAGGGAUUAACCAUUUUUUCGGAUACAGAAAUACACUUGAAACUAUUUUUUUCAGUGGUAGCUUAUAGAAGGGACAGUUCUUCUGAUAUCACACAGUGAACGUGUAUGGACAUUUUGCAAGUCAUUGGGAAUAACUGAAGAGCUACCCCUGUGCUCAUAUAGUAAAAUGGUGUGGAGCUGUGUGCAGCGACACUGGUUGCAACCCUUUUGGCUCCUGUAUCUUCUUAGCUCCUAUACCUGUGAAAAUGGGGUAGUUCUGCUGUCUGCCUCUUGUUCACAGUAAGUGUACAAAUUUAGUUUUCUCCCCAUCUCCUUGAGAGUAAUAGAAAGUGCAGGAUAUUUAUUAGUAUCUAACAUGUGAGUUUAUUAUGCAACGCUAAACCUGAGGUUGCAGGCCUCUUUACUGUCAUAGAUUAGACUACCAAAGAAAGGGGUUGCAGCCAAUGUUCACCUUCCCAAAUAGGAUCUAAGGCCUCAUUGCAAUAGCAUGUAUCUCUAUUAUACAGUUUUAACAGUUAUUUCCAGCCAUUAGGGUGGCAAUAUCUCCUUGUCUUAUCAAGGUGUCCAUGUGAUAUCUUAUGAAGGUGUCCAUUUUCUCUGUCAAUCUUUAAAUACACUAUAUUUGGAUUAGACAGCUUUCUGCCAUCAGAGACACAUACAUCCCUCUACCCAUUCUCCAGAAGACUCCAAUAAUAAUAUAAAACAGACACAUUCUGUUUAUAUGUAAAUAGUGUCUUACCAUAAUAUUAAUAAUGGGAUGUUAAGGAAAGGCUGUGUGAGAAAAUCUGAUUAAAUGGCGGCACAACCAGGCUCAGAACACAGGUUGUAGUUUAGCGAGAGUAUCUCUGUCUGAACAUGCAAAAUCCGUAUAUAACCAGUUGCUUUUAUGUCUUUGCUCAUUAAGAUCUUAAAUUGCCAGUGUUGAGAGACACAACACUAUUUGACUCUCUGACUACUGCCACAAUACUACAAUUACAUGAGGAAAAGAGUCUCUAUCCCGGACUAGAAUUUCUAUUUUCUCACAAAUGUUGCCCCCUGCAGAGUUCCAAUCUGGGGGUAAAAAUUAUAUCUUACAGUUAAUCGAUAGACAUAUUCUCACACUGUAAAUAGUUGGCUGUGCAUGUAUCCAGCAAGAAGAUUUCUGCUUGACGUAGAAGGAUAUUAGCUUCAAAGGGAAUGAAACAUGUUUCGUAGGUGAAUUCAAAUUUUUUUCUUCAAGUAUUUGAAAAAAAAACCCCAGUAUUACAAUAUAUAUUUUGUUCAGUCAUAGCAAUAUUGAUGGUGUUUAAUAUAUGUAUCCACCAGAUGCUAUAUUGCCUAAUCCUAUGUACUGGAUAUUCUUUAUUGCAGAAUAAAGUGUGGUUUGCUAAUGACAUGCGAGAUACCCAAAGGGAGAAGUGGUUUGAGGGAUUAUAAUCAGUAUUCAAGCCCCGCAGACUCAGGAAGCUUAUAUCCAUAACAGGAAAUUGCUGAUCAAGGAACCUAAAAGUCUGACAGAUGUGCAACAAAGUGAACCAUCUCUUAUCUGUGGCAAAAUUAACUAACUUUUGCAUGAUGGACUGACACCACAACAUUUUCUAACACAUUUCCCAACAGUAUCAUUUCUACGAAAGUAUCUAAUUUGUUUUGCUCAGGGAUACUUGGUGUUUUCAGGGAAAUUGUUCUCAAAUGUUUUUUUAAAACAACGUACAAUAUACUUUUUGUCAUAUUUCCAAGUACAGUAUGAUCGUAUUCAACAUGUUGCUGCCAACCAUAAAGCAUGUUGGUUCCCCUUCUCCAUGUGGCUGAGGUCAAUGUUUAUUCCUCAUCACCUCACAGAGAAUAAUUAUUAUUGCCCUACUCAGAAUAUAACAUCGAUUGAAAGCGACAGUGUGGGAAAAGCAUAGAUAAAAUCAGUGAAAUACAAGUGAAGUGCAGUAUACUGAAGUAGAAAUGUGCAUGACAUAAGUGAGAGAGGAUUUAUAAUCUAAACCUCAUUUUUGUAAGAGGCACUGAGCAGGGAUGUGUGAGAUGAAUAAUGAAGGACAACACGAAGAUGUGAUAUACACACUAUCAGUCACAACAUUAAAACCACCUGCCUAAUAUGCUGGUAAAACAGCUCUGAUGCAUUAAGGCAGGGACUCCAGGAGAACUCUGAACAUGUCCUGUGGUAUCUGGCACCAAAACAUUAGCAUAAGAUCUUUUAAGUCCUACAAGUUGCGAGGUAGAGCCUCCAUGGAUCAGAUUUGUAGUUCACAGACACUCAUUUGGAUUGAGAUGUUGGGACUUUGGAGGCCAAGGCAACACCUGGAACUCUUUGUCAUGUUCCUCAAACCAUUCCUAAACAAUUUUUGCAGUGUGGCAGAGGACUAUUAGGGAGCACCAUUGCCAUGAAGGGGUGUACAUGGUGUGCAACAAUCUCUAGGUAGGUGGUAUGUGUCAAAGUAACAUCCACAUGUAUGCCAGGACCCAAGGCUUAACAGCAGAACGUUGACCAGAGCAGAACAUUGCCUCUGCCGGUCUGCCUUCUUCCCAUAGUUUAUCCUGAUGCCAUCUUUUCCCUUUGUAAACAAUGCACAUGCACCCGGCCAUCCACCUGACCUAAAAGAAAACGUGAUUCAUCAGAACAGGCAACUUUAUUCCAUUGUUCUAUGGUCCAGUUCUGAGGUUCACGUCCCCAUUGAAGGUGCUUUGGACAGUGGACAGAGGUAAUCAUGGGCACUCUGACCAAUCUGAGGUUACGCAGUCCCAUACGCAGCAAACCGUGAUACACUCUGUGUUCUGAAGCCUUUCUAUCAUGACCAGCAUUAAGUUGUUCAGCAAUUUCUUCUGUGAGAUUGGGCCUUAGCUGCCUGCGGGUGUCUGUGAGCCUUGGGUGCCCAUGAUACUAAUGUUGGUUCACUGGUUGACCUUUCUUGCACCAGAUCAAAGUCUCUCAGAUCUUUUUGCUUGCCUAUUUUUCCUGCUUCCAACACUUUAAAUUAAAAAAACUGACUGUUUACUUGCUGCCUCAUUUAUCCCACCCCUUGAUAAAUGCCAUUGUAAUGAUUUUAAUGUUGUGGCUGGCUAGUUUAUAUAAUAAUAAUGCACCAUCCAUUUGUAUUGGUCUAACAGAGGCUGACAUUGGAUUAUGGUUGUAGGUGAAGGGCUGCGUGAAAUAGUUUUGGCAUGUAGUGUUAUUGAAAUCAGAACAAGAGUGGGUAUGCUUCCUCACUUUACGAGGGAAAGCUUCUCUUUAAAAAUCCUUUUUUUGUACAUCCAUUGUGAAUCUCAAAAUGCUUGAUAGGUAAGAUUGCAUCAAAGAGUGUCCCAGUAAUAAAAAAGCAAUAAAGUCUAACCCCCAUUUUCUAUGAUAUUGUCUUGGCUUUAAGAGCAAAACACUUUAUAAUAUGAAAUGCUAUCAUAGCAAUUUAUUUGAUUAGACUGAAAUAUCUUAUAAUUGCUUCUGCUCCUCUAUGUUAUCUAGGACCAAACAAAGUUGAUGUAUCAUCAAAAUCAUCAUCAUCAUCAAACAUUAGAUCUCUUACAUUCUUUCUUUUUUCACAAACAAAAUCAACUGCAUGAUUGUAUUCUAAAGGAACAAUGUAGCAUUAGAAUACAUAUUUGUAUUUCAAAGGCUAUGGUUCUUUUGCCCCUUGUCAUGCCAGCCCCCCAUGUGCAAACUAAUAAAAAUGUAAAAAAUAUUAAUUAGUGUAACUUACCUUUUAUCCAGUGCUGAGUCUCCCUUGGUGUUGACGUGACUUCCUCCUCAGGUUGCAGAAUCCAAAAGGCCUGCCUAUAGAACGAUGGGCCAGUCUAAUGCGCCUCAUAAAGGAGCAUUAGGGAACGUAGGCAAAUGCACAGAGAUUGCGGUGAUGCGCCUACGAUUCCUUCAUAGGAAAUCAUUGUAUUUAAUGAUUCUCUAGUCUUACACAGUGUGACGGCACUGUGCAUGUGUGCAUGACAUCACAGUAUGUUAUGGUAUGAGAACCCAGAAGUAAGAUGUAAAGAAAUGUUUAUGAUAGGACUCUAUAAGUAUGCACCUCUCCAGCUUGUUCAGGAAUCAUGAACUCCUCCUGGUGAUAGACAGGCAAUCAGAAAAGGAUCAGCACGGAUGAUUUUUCAUCAAAGAUUAAGAUAAAUAAAUAAUUGCUCUCUGAUGUAGAAAGAAGGUAGGCGAUUCUUGACCUGGGUCCUAUAAAAGCUUGGGAUAGAUCUGCCAUUUAAGACAAAAAAAUAAUAAUUGAUUAGUUCAGGUGUUUAUAAAUCAAUACACAGGUAAGAGGGAUUUUGCCAUCUGUAAUGGUUAGGAGGUUAUUGUAUAAACGAACAGAGAUUAUAAAUUGAGGUAUGUCCCGAUGAAAAGGGAGGCUCGAUGUUUUCUUUCAAAUGGGUCAUAAUAAUUAAGCGUUGUAAGUUCCAUUACAUCUCCUGAAUGCUGCCACAUGGUUGUACCCUUGCAAACAACUAAACCCUCUAGAGAACUCUGGAUUUCUUCAACAAAAGGAUAAAAGCCAUGUAUAGUUUACUUCAACAUGCCAAAGAUCACAGGACAGUCUCCAUUGUUGGAUUUACACUAAACAGAGCAUUUUAUUUACUGGAAGAAUGGAAUCGGAACAGAUUCCGCGCCUAAGGAAACACUUCAUAGAUUUUUCCACUGUUAGUGUACGUUUAAAUAGCUCAAUUUCUCUCUUUAAAAACUGUUUACUUUGACUAGAAAACUUUUGGCUACAUUUUACUCAACAAAACGAAUUGGCAAACAUAUCCAAACAGGACUGACAAAUAAAAAGGCUCUUGCUAAGUAGCGAGUGGGUAAUUAUUUUCUGUGGUGGAAACAAUAUUGCAAAAACUGGCUUGUGUAACUGUUUAUAAAGGCGCAAUAUAUUGCCACUGCCACUUUGUCCGUUAAAGCAAUACAUUUAUAGUGAUGUGUGAGAUAUAUUAUCCAUUUAAGUAAAUGCUUAAUAAUCCUGUUAUUAGGCAUGUGAAAAAAAAAAAAAAAACUUCUUUCAAGAGAUCAAGGAAUGGGUGGUUUUAUGUUGACUAACAAGUAAAUUUAAGGAAGGGUCGCCGAAAUGGUAGAUCCCCAGAUGUUGUGAAAAUACAAUUCCCAUGAUGCUUUGCAUGUUUUUAGGAUGCUUUAGAAUGGCAAAGCAUCAUGGAGCUGUAGGUUUAAAACAUCUGGGGAUCUACCUUUUCAGCACCCCUGAUUUAAAGAAACAUUAUUAUUUAAGGGUCUUAACAUUCUUUGGCAAGAACUGCCUUCCCCUUUCCCUGAAGGUGAUGUGAUGGUGUGAAAAAAAUCCCAGAUUUUUUUCUAAUCCAUGUGCAAAAGUAAAAAAAAAAGGUUUAUAAAAAAAAACAUGCACCAAGAUCACCAUCCAGUAAAGGUAAGUCAUUCUUCCAGGACCAAUGGAACACUGGUAACAGUGCAUAGAACAUUAACUUAAAGGGACACUUGACAUUUAGAUUUUAUCUUAUACACCAUCAUCUAUGCUUUUACAUGAUGUCAAAUCCAUUGUGCUUGCAAAAAAAUUGAAAACCCUCUGCACUGUAGAUUUAGUUCUCUUGUCUCCUAAUUCCAAAAGGAAGUGGGAAGACACUGUGAUCUAUAUCACAAUCUGGUGUCGGUAACCAAACGGUAAAGUUGUUUUACAUUUCAUGAGUAUUGCACAACAGUUAUCAAAGUAAUCACAAUCCAAAGUUCACAUACAUUUUUGUGAUGGUAAUGCUGCAGACGUCAGACCAUGCAAUCAUCUUAAACUGAGUCUAAACCAUGAUUUCCUCAUUCAUCUUGUAACGUUGAGCUUAAUAGCUGAAUAUUUUUGGCGUGUCUUAUAUCCUUGUGUGCGCAGUGUUCAUGUCGGUUUUCUUUGAAAAUUACAGUGAGUCAGAUGAUUCAAUUUGCCCAUUUUUAAUUAACCCAAUAUAUUCAGUAAAGACGUGUAAUGCUUGUGUUUUGUAAAACUAGUUAAAAACUGUCAUUUUUUGUAUUGUAAUCAUAUAUAUGUAUAUAUGUAUUACACUAUCUAUUUUUCUCUUAUUUUUUUUACGCUCUAUAUUUAUAGAUACAGGAUUGCAAUUUCUCCUUAAGUAUGAUUUCCAUUAACAUCCAUGCAUGCUUUACCUUUGUAGUGAAUUUGUGUUUGUACGUGUUCAUGUGUGUAUCAACACACACACACACCUACACAAAUGUUUGUCCCUGUGAUGUCCUAAGAUUAAGGUGAAAUUCUGACCAUGGCUCUAACCUUAGCCCUACCCCUAAUUAACCCUUUUUUCCAUAAUGUGUUUUUAGCUUGAUUAUGUUUUCGUAUUAUAAUUAUUUUAUAUUGGGCACUAUUAACCAGGUCUCCACCUUAAAUUUGAAUAAAGAUUAAAUAACUUUUUUUCUUACCUCAAAACCAGUGCAUGGCAAGGUCCUCCUUGGUCAUUUCCACAACCCAGGAGUAGACUUUGAAGCUUCCCCAUGCGGGCCUAGAAGCAAACUACACCUGACGCCAGCACUUACCUCAGAUGUCCUUUUUGCACAGAACUCACAUUAGGUAGCGUGCAAACGAGUUCCGGGCUGCCUUAGUUACAUGUGCCGACGUUGCAACUAGUCCCAAGCACAAAACUACAGAUUGCGCUGUAUGUGCAGAAACCUUGCUUAAACACCUACCACCAUGACUACUUCUGAAAGCAGAAAUGGUCAUGGGGUUUGGAGUUACCCUUUCAUGUAACAAUACUUAAUUCUUGAAAAAUAGUGAAUGCAAAACAUUGAGGGUUUAUGGAAUAAUAUUUGAAAACGGUUGGAGAGGAGUGUUUACAUCUAUGAACUCUGACCUCUUUAGUCCGUAAAAUCGUUAAUGAAUGAAAUGUUGCCAUUAUAGCAAGAUGGUGAACAAUAACAUCUUUCUGCUUUUUCUGUUACUUUGUGAAUAUUUUGUCUGGAAUGAUAGAAAGGUCAAUUACAAACUUUGUCCGAGAUAAUAUUUAUAAUAACAUUCUACAAAAAAAGCAAAAAAAAAUAUUUUUAUAAAAUUAUGUUCAGCUAGGAACAAUAUUUUCAUGUAGCAGGUGAAGAAACGCUCAACUGAAACCUUAUCUUGUUAUUAUUAAUAGUGGAUAGACAGUUAAUUCAAUGGAAUAAAGGGAGAUUAUGACAAAUAGAGAAACAUAUGUAAAUAACGUGCAAAAAAACUCCAAAAACCUUAGCAUUAAGAAAUAAUUACUAAUUUUUUUUCCAUCGAGCAUUUGUAGUAAUUUACUAAUGAAUUACAGAGUUUUUAGUAAAUUUCAUAACUACACAAAUUUAUUCACAAGUUAAAACUAUUUUAGCUAGCUGGCUGGAUUGUUGCUAAAGAAUUUAUGUGAAUGUGGUCUUUAACACUGUUUUGUGUAAUUUACUGUGCAAAUGUUAGUCACUACAGUAUAUAUCAAAGUAGUGCGCUUGUUUUUUGAGAGUUAAGGGACAGAUGAGGAAAACUAGACGUCAUGUUAAAUAUAGCCUUUUUAUUCCAACAUCAUUAAUUUUUAGUAUUUAUUUUUUUCCAUCACAGAUAGCACUUACAUAGUGUGUAACCUGUGAGCUCAAUCAUCUGUGUCUCCUACUUUCUAUUUUCAAACAAUUUCAAUUGACAUUUAUUAACAUAAAGACUAUUUUCUGUUAGAUCCCUUAAAUCUAUCUUACAUUGCGGUGUUACGGUCUUAGACUAUAAACUUAUUCGAGUAUCAUCACUUUUUGUUUUGCUACUAGUAAUUCUGUGUAUUAGUUAGCUAUGGCUCAGCUUUGUGAAAUAAACUAGUGCUAUAUAUAUAUAUAUAUAUAUAUAUAUAUAUAUAUAUAUAUAUUAUAUUAAUAUUAACUGUCUCCACUAUUCAACUAUAAUGGAGCUAUCAAGAGUAUCAAGAUAAUAUAGACAUCAAGCUAAUAAACACAAAGUACCCACAUUAAAAUUCCAGAUAAUUAAGAUAACAGACCUUGGAUUUAUGAGUUUUAUAAAUAUUUACAUUAUUGCUAAUAAAUUGCAGAAAACGAUUUCUCUCUCAGCAGUAGGGAGAAAGAAUGCUUCGGAAAAAUAUACUGAAUCUAAGAAAAAAAUACAAGUUAACUGAAUGAGAAAGACAUAGAUGUAGAUAGACAGACAGACAGAUAGAUAGAUAGAUAGAUAGACACAGACAGAUAGAUAGAUAGAUAGAUGUGAAGUCCUUCAAGAAUUAGAAAAAAAACCCGCCAUUCAUUCCUUAAAGAGGCACUUUAAACACCAUGACCCACUACAGUUUGUUGUGGUGGUUAUGGUGUCAAGCAUCUUCAAGCAGUUUCACUGUAAUCUAGAGCCAUUCAUCACUGAUAUCAUGAAACAGGAGUUCCUCUUAUACUUUAUCACUACCAGUUUGGCCAACUGGUAGUGAUAUUAGUUGGCCCCAAUGGGACCCAUGUAAAUAUCAAACUAUUUAAAAAAGUGUAACAUAGAGUAUUCUGUAGUGGUUAUGGAGUUUACAGUACCCCAUUUCAUUUUGUUACCUAGUCUAACACGUAUACUAAGGUGCAUGUGGCUUAGACCCAGAAGAUUAUUAUUGAAACCUUGCACUUGCUCACAGCAUUCUGGAUCAUGGCAAACACAUCUCAUUGGCUGGCAUAACUGUAAUUGAUCAAUCUGUGAUAACGAUUUAGAGUUAUAAGCUUAAAUCUUCAUAGAUGAUUAUAAUUGUGGCCAUGCUAUAUUAUACUAUCGAUUUAUAAAACACAGGGUCUAAAAACUGGUUAUUUUACAUUAAGUACAACACAAAAAACAAAGCCAUGUUCUAGUGGUCUAUAAAAUGAUAUCUCUCAGUUCCUGUGAAGUAUGGAACUAUAUUUCUUUAAUAGAACUCUUUCAGCUUCUUUGAAAACAAGAAAACAUCAUGUUGCUUUAAGCCAUAAAUGGGUUUAAAUUGAACAGUUUUUGAGGUUUGCAUGCCAAGAAACACAGAUCUGGAGCUGGCAGUUUUGCUGACGGAUAAUGCACAGUUACAACACAGAGCCCAAAUCAACGUGAGCGGGUAAACUCCAAAAUGUUACCUUGGAAACAUAACACAGUAAGGGAAUUGUUGAUGAAGCUGUCCGGUUGACAGUUUUAAAACCAAAGCCCAAGACGAAAGCAUGUGUUACCCAAUAUGGCCUCAUUGGAGAGAGCUGCUCCCAGCCCUGGGAUUCCUUAGUAUGGAGUGAGAAAAGCUUAUGAUGUGAUGGGCGACUGGUGCCUCGGAAGCCAUUGCUGAAGCAGUUGUUACGGUUUUGUCGGUUUAUGUGAAAUAUAUAAAGGAACAAUAAGCAUGGACAUGUGCAAGAGGUAUGUCAGGUGCAUCCGGGUACACCCUAUGCAGGGCCAAAUUGUCCUACCUUUCCCCUAUUAGGUGUCCAUAGGCAUUUAUGAGUGAGUUUGAGUUAGCUUGCUCUGUUUUUAAAUAUACAAAAACCAUAACCAUCUUUAUAUACACCUUGAUAUUGGGGCAUUAAAAAAAAUGUCACUUGUUUUUUUGCUGCACACUUGUGUCACACUACCUAUAAAUAUGUACUGUAGAAUGAAGUCUGAUUUUGUGUUUCAGUAGAUGUGACAUAAUGUCAGCAUGUUGGUCACUGAUAGAUGAUGUACAUUAUAUGAAUACGAGUUAUUCAGAUACACAAAUGUAUAUACCACCUUCAUGAUUAAUUUAGCAAAGAAGCAUUUUGACUCCUAUGCUAAUUAAAAACAACAUACAAAUAGCAGGAUUACUAACAAGAACUAACAAAUUAAUGACAAAGUUCAGGCUGAAAUAACUGAGAUUAAAAAACAACAGAAAUUACUAUUUGACCUGGUGUGUUUCUGUUUUUUGUGACCCACCCCCCUUUAGCAGAUAGUGGAUUUGUUAGACUCAGUCCAUGGGACAACAUUUUUACAGAAUUAGCUAAAAUGAUGGUUACAAGCACACUGCCGUCAUUACAACUAAAUUUGUAGGACAUUUAAUUUAAAAAAUAAAUCAUGUCUUGACAUAUUUAAUGGUCAUUGUCUCUAGUGCCCAUUUGUUGGUCAAUGAUGGUCACAGUAAUGUUACUGACCACAUACAAUUUUAUGCAUCAUCAAAGUAGGUCCCAAGACUUCGAUGUUCAUCAAUGAGCACUAGCAUAAAUAAUAACACUAUGGCAUGCAGCGUGUUCUUAAGCUAGUGAAUCAGUCUUCAUUUUGGAAACUUGUUUUGUUUUUCUAGUUUCUUUCUUUCGUGUUUCAUUUCUAAGAACCCCAGAGAAAGAUCACCACAAUGUGCACUGUGGGUGCAUUACAAAAUAAGCAUCUUCUAGCCGGACAGAAGGAAUUCUUGUCUUUAUUGUCUGCCAUGCCAGUCACUGUGUCAACCUUGCAUCUAUGCCAGGAGGAUGUGUGGAUGUUUGUAUGUUUUUCAUAAAUGCAUAGAAAGAAAAUUAUUUUUAUCUAUUUCCUGUUAUUAAUUAACAAAUAGCAAAUUAGCAAAUUAAUCGAAAUAUUAAUCAAUCUAUAAUGCUGUUCUUUUUAAAGCAGUGUGUUGGAUAUUCAGUCGAUACCCAGUACGGUUAUUUUCAGAACAUUCUUACAUCUAAUACCAUUGUUUAACAAAGACAAAUGUAUUUUCCUUUCUCACUUAGAAGUGACAUAGCUGAUGAACUGAGAAGCUUUGUUGUAGCUUUUUGGGUGACAACAGGGUUUGUGAACUAAAAAUGUGGAUUUCAAAAUUUAGACAAUAAUAGGUUGGAAAUAGACUUAAAUAUGAUACUUUUUUUCAUACUUGACUAUUUACAUUUAAAAUCUGCUUUUAAUUCAGCCUAAGUCCCUGUUUAGUGAAUAAAACACAACGAAAUGCAAUAAUAACCUUGGAAUGUUAACAUGAUUCACUAAGCAAAACAAUUACAUUAUGUUCACCAGAGAACUCUGAUUUGUGCUAAAAUAAUAGGUCAUUACCUAAGAAAAUCCUCAUACCCAUACCCAGGUGUUUUAAAUCACCCCGUAACUGAAUAGGGUCAACUAAACAAUAAUAAACACAAUUUUCUAUAAAACAUGAGAUUAGCGUUUUUAAUGAUGUCAUACACGAGUGCUGAUAUCCAGUUGGCUUGAUUACAAUCUGACAUAUUUCAACUUCAGUUUUCAAUGUAAGCAGACAUAAAUGUGUGCAUGUACACAUCUCCUCUUACCAUACCUGCCAAGUAUUCUGUAUCCAGCGAGACAUUCCCAGUGUGGGAACAACGUUCAAUUUCACCAGAUUAUUUUUCUAGUGCCUGAGUUCUGAUGGAUAGAAUGAUGUAAACAUGGGCAAAAGAGUAAUGGAACAUAUUGUGCAUGUAUGCAUUUUACUGGGUGCAUCUUAUAAUAGUGCUAAAAAUUAUAUCAACAUCAAAUCAUUAAAUCAAUAAACAUUUUAGAUACAUCUAUAGAUGGCUUAGUAGAUGUGCACCUACGGUGCACAGAAUGUAUGUUUAAGACCAUACGGUCAUGUUAAUGCAUCACAUUGAAUGGUCUAAUUUAGAGGAACACUAAAAGAUUCCUGAAGGUGUUAUAGUUCCAUGAGUGCCAUGCUGCUGUCCCACAGUAAAUAGUUAAGCCAUUUUAUUAUGGCUUUAAUACAGCUUGACCCUCACAGCAACUCAAGCUUCUAUUCUUACGCUGCAGAAUAACUUGUUUAUCUCUAGAGAGCUAAGGCAGGCCAAUCAGGUCCUGUAUCAGCUGGACAAGAAAGGCACCUGAAUUCUCCUACAGGAGAAGAUCAGAUGCAGCAUGGGCACCCAGAGGGACCCAGGUAAGUUGGCAAACCAUGCUAAAAUAAUUUGACUACUAACUGUGAGAUGACACCUGGACACUACUAGCAUCAUAACCUCUACAGCUGGCUGUAUUUAUUUACUGUUUGUAGUGUUCCUUGAGGAAAAAGGUUCUUGGAGAUAGGACCUUUAGUGAUGACCAACCAAAAACGCUUUUUAGAUAAUGAUGUUCUGAAAAAGUUUGGUUUCUAAUUUCAUGACUUCUUUACAGAAACAUACUUUCUGUGUAUUGUGAAGUUCUGUGGAAGUGUAAUGUAAUAACGUGCAGUAAUUUCCCAAGUAUUAAAUUUACUGUGUUUUUUUUCCUUCCCCAAAUUUGAUUGGCCAUCAAUAUGAAGAAAAAGACAACACACACUGCCACGUUUUGUGUGCAUAAUGUAUAUAUUUUUUAUACAUGUAUUGGUUAGCUUGGUCAGCAUUUUUGUUUGUUUACUUUUAUUGGCAGAAUAAGAUACGGGUUGCUGUCCCUGGCAUCUAGCAGGGGUGCAAGAGGACCGUGUCCAGUGUUACAAAUCUCUUUCAUUUUUGGUGAAACCUAUUCACUAGUACAGAUAGUAUUCACUAGUAACCUCAUGUUUCAUGGUAGACAUCUACGAAAAGCAUGGUGCUUGUUACCCUGCACUACAGUCUCUCUAUCUGUGGUACGGCAAGUUUUUGGCUGUGUUUUAUUGCAUUAUAUUAUGAUUUCAUCAAAAAAUAUAUAUUUUAACUUAAAUUUUCUUUCAGAAGAUAUAGGACUCCUGGGUUACUUUGAGUCCAUCCCUCUCACCUUAUCUAUUUUCAUAAUACUUCCUCCCCAGCCCAAUCUUCUUUUCUCUCCCUUAAACCUACCUGUUAUUCUCCAAUCCUUUUAGUUCCCCAAUUUGUUGAUAAUUGUUAUUUCUACUGGUAUCAUUUUUGGGACAUGUCUGACCAGAGCAAACAAACAACAACAAAAAAAUACAUGCAUACCUUCCGUUCUUUGUCUCUGAAAAGAUAUUAGAUAACAUACAAAAAAAAAAUCACGAUUUAUUGCAAAUAUUUAUGUUUUUUGCAAUAAAUAAACUAUAUUGCUUGCUUUUUUGCGUGAACUCUUUUUAACACUUAGAGAACUUAAAAGAACUUAUAGCAAUAUUUUAGAGAGCAAUAGAGAUGGGUACUUUAAAGAUGAAAGGUGUUUUUUUAUUGGGUAUGUUAAAGGGUAGGUAUGUUGUUUUCAUACAGCAUAGAACAAGCAAACUAAUAAAAUAUCUUGUAAGAUCUGACACUGUGUCCUCGUGCUGAAUUUUUAUUAAAAUAUCUGCCCAUAAGCAGAAUAUUUUUAUCUAAUCAAGAAAUUUUACAUUUUUAAAUGUUUCAUUCUAAUUCACAAUCUAACUUUACAUGUUAUAUUUUCAUGAUUCAUAAAGCUUUGUAGCAUAUGGGGAAUGGUGACAUUUACUAGAAAAGUUAUACCUAUUUCAGGGAAAUGAUAAAUAUAAACUCAUGAGCCAAGCAUAUACAGAAUUCUUGUGACAUCAUGUUUUGUUUAACAUGCUUUUGGGUUAUGAAAAGGCCAAUAUGCGCAACUAAUCAAAUGCAGACACUCAUAACUAAUGUCCAGUACUAAACUACAAGCUAAUAUUUCACAUGUUGGUGACCACACGUAUUGUACAUUUAGAUUUAUUUGCUUAACCCCUUUGUGACUUUACGUCAUGAUAAUCCUGGCAAAUUAUCUUUGAUAAAAUGCUGAUGUAAUUUAGAGGAAAUUUAUCACAAAAUCUGAAUUUAACACUGCUACAAGUACAAUCAUACCAUGUUUCAGACCUAUUUAAAUAAUAAAACAUAUUUGGAGUGUUGUAAACACUGUGCAUGUGAAAGAAUUUACAGGGGUUAUUUUUACAAUGCCUUUGACAUCUUUUUUUAAUUUAGUUUCUUAAAUAAUACUUUUUGUGUAGUUAAUUUCGGCUAUCAAUAUUAUCAAGAAGCAUAAGACUCCAAAUGUAAGACUCAUGGAAAAACUCUGUCAAAAAAAACAACGUCUUUGUUGUUUUACCCGUUAAUACUGUACUUUAUAUGUACACACGACACUGUGCAUGCAUGGCUAUAGAGCACACUUGCUGUGAUACAUCUGGCUAGUAAACUGUAUAGUAUUUAUGGUGAAUGUAUACUUAGUUGACUUGCAGUUCACUAGCCAGAUGUGUCACUUCACCACUCUAUAGUCACUUCACCACUCAAAGUUACAUAUUAGCUUCAUUUAUUCAACCACCAUAAAAGUGACCCAAGAACAUUUUGACCUCUUGUGGAGCUUUAGUCAAGGAUUGAGAAAUAGCCCAAAAUAGUCGAGCUGGAACAGCUCUAUCAGGGUUAUUUACUGAAGAGGUAAUUCAAAGUGACUUUCAAAUUUAGAAAAUAAUGGUCCAGCGCUCUCUAAAAGUAGUGUAGUGUCCUUUUAUUUAGUGCACAGCAGAGAGCACCCACAAAGCGUUGUUUUGCUUACACAGGAGCCGUUUUCAUGUUUUUCUAAGUUUGCUGGCUUAUUCUUUUUUAUUUGGCAUUACUUUUUUUUUUUUUAUACUGGAGGUUUUUACUGCUCCCUACAUUUGUACAUUUUCAUCCAUGUUGUGUUGUUCGUGAAUUUCAAAAAUGAGUCCAGAGUAGCUGAACUAGAAGCAAGGCUGACUUAGAGAAGUGUUCCAUUAGGGAUACUUUGAAAUGAAUUCUGAAAUACAGUUUGAAUUCACUUGGAAUUCUCACUUAAGUAAAUAACCCUGUAUGUGUUUUAUACUCUUUACUGGCGGGUUGGGAGAAUACGGGAAAUAAAUAAUGGCACUGACAAAAUGUAUUGACACUCACGCUGUGUAUUGUAUGUUAUUGUGUAUUACCAUUGGCCUGGAACAUGUAUUAACAAUACUUCUGCUAUUCUUUCUCUUGUAGAAGAUGAGGGCUUCAGUCCAACGAAGACGCUCCUCGUCUGCAAUUACCAGGGCCCUGAGCAAAAGUAAAUCAAACUCCAGGUACGAAAUUUUAAUAGAGGUGUAAACAUAUGACUCUCAAAAAUGAUCACAGUGGAAAUAAGGAGGAACACCUGUGGAUAUGUGAAAUGUAGAAAAACUACCUGCCAGUAUGUUGAUCUACUGCAAACAAUCGGAGCUGAAGUACUUAAGUAACUCUAGUACUUAAAUAAAAAAAUAAAAAACAGUAGAUAAAUCACCAUGGAAACUAACGUAAUGUUCCAUUUGAAUCCAUUAGUUUACAUGGUGAUUGCUCUACUUUAAAACUUUGCACCAUUUUCAAUAAACAACAGUUUUGUAAAUGUAUCUGCUAUUUGGUUGAAUGAAUAAGCUGUCAGUAGCCUCCAUAGGGACAUACAGGAGGUUUUACCAAAUUAAUACGGAAGUUAUUUUUUGUUAAGAAAUGUGUAUUAAUAUCACUAGAUGGAACAAUUUUCUCAUUGUACUGUGUUUUUAGUGUUUUUGUUUUUUAAACAUCACAGAUGAAUAAAAGGAAAAUCACAUUAUCUUAAUCCAACACCAAAAACUAAUUUCUCAUCCUACAUAACAACAUAGAAGAGACAACAGCAGCCAAAAGAUUUUCAGUUCUGUUUAUCUGCCUGCUCUCUUAUAAAUAAUUGCUCUGGGUGUUUAUCUCUGCUUAAGAGUUUCUUAGCUUAGAAAUUAAUUUUGAUGUUGCGUUCCAGUGCUGAGAUAUGAAAGAAUUCUCAUGGCAAAUCUGGCAUGACUAAACUGAGCUAAUUACUCAUAUUAGAAUUUUGUUGUAUUUGAGCUUCAGAUAUUUCAGAUAAAGAUAUUUUAUUUCAUCUGCUACCUCUGAGAAAAUAUGAAAAAGGCACUCAGAUCUGGUCUAGGUGCUAUGUCAACCGGUUUGAUUUCCUUUCAAGGGUACGCCGGGCACUGCGUACAUGUGACGGAGCUCCUGUACUCCGACCGAGUACCUCCAUCCAAUCCGCUUCCUAGCCGUUUGCCAGGAAUCUGGAACACUUCUACCUCAGUCACUGAAGCUUGACUGGGGUCUCUCAGGAGCUCUUCCAACCAACCAAGCUGCAUCUCUUCUUCCAGGCAGGUUUUAUCCUCUGCCAAAUUCCGCUGCAGCCCUGCUUCCAGGGAGGUAUACACAUCCGCCUGUAAUGUUAUAGCUCCUAUCUUUGUAAAGACACUCAUGACACUCAGGCCAAGCCUCUUGCUUUAUCCCAGGGUAAGAGGGAUUCUGCAAACAGGUCUGAAGACUGUCACUGGGAUCCAUACAAAUCUACACAGGACACCCAGUUCCAAGUGGAACUAACAUGCCAUUUUUUUAUUUUUUAGUCAGGACUAGCACAAAUGCUCAUAACAUUUAGAUUAAUAUGACAACUCAAUAAAAAUACAAACAAUCAAAUCAUAGCAGACAACAUAGAGCAACGUAUUAUAACACACUGCCAUAUUUAUAAAGGGGUGGGGAAAACAAUAAUUUACAGAAAAUAUCUCUCCUGCUUGCAGAAUUAGCAUUAUGCAAAUCUACAUGAAUAUGCAAAUUAGCAAUCCUUGCUAUUCAGGUAGUGUAUAUCACUGUUACUAGAUCCUUGCAACCAACAGGUGGCUCUGUACAGACUCCACAGCCAAAUCCACCUAGUUGAUUGCAAACAUUAGCAAGACUAGAGAGCACACUAACAUUUAACCCCAAACAACCACAUUACACACACACCCUGCACGCACAAUGGACACAGGGUGACUUAAACAUAGGAAUCAUUCAGAUACCUAAUUUAAUUGUCCAUCUUAAGUUCUUGGUGAUGGUGACUACCGUCACAAUGCAUAUGUUAAAUAAGCCACUCUUACAUUAUACAUGCCCACUAAUCAUAAAUAAAAAUUGUGCAAAUGCUACACAUCGCCCUCUGCUAGAGAAUGCAUUAAUGUGACUUUCAUGGAACCGUUUCAAAAUCAAAAUGGCACUCAAUAGGAAUCCUUACCCUUGAGCACUUUCUAAAUGCUCUUAAACACAAUCAUGGACCGCAUGGCACAAUCAUUGAUAUAAUGAGACUUUUGGCAAGACUGGACACAAAGUAGCAGCAUACCCAGACAACUUGUUAUUUGAUGUUACCAAUUUGCAGGAUUUUGAGACCUAUGGCUCUCUCGUAAACCUACGUAUAAACUAGUCAAAGUCUGCUAUUCUGAAUGUGUCUAUCCCAGAACAGCAGGGCCGAGCCCAUCCAUCUGAGGUUCACUUUCUAGUGGCCCAACACAAAUUUGUGGCACAGUGCAGUGCCGCACCUCUCCUGGCUGGUCGUGGUCUGAAGGGUCAAGACGAAUCUUUUAUGAUGCUCACUAGGAGUUCAAAAUCAGUUCCCUUAGGCAAUUUAGUGCUCCAUGUGUGGCAUCCCCCUUCUUGAAGGCCUCCGUGCCUGCCUUUAAGAGACUCCUGGAUAAUACAACUGGUCACGUCCACCAUCUCUUUAAUGGUGAUGUCCUUAAGUCUCUCUGCUCUAAUGGGGCCCCACCAACCAACAUUCAUGAAGCAGCUCAUGUGUAGGCAACUGGUUGCUUUUGUGGACAACAUUCUCCAAGAACCUACCCACUUUGAAUUGCUAAUUGACCCAGAUCCAAUGGAGUAUGGCAUUAAGACCCUUGUAUGCAAUUCUCCAAGAACAUUUGAGAACCCCUAGCCCUAAAUAUUUGGUAGAUGGGAAGAGACCUUGGGAAUGACUCUUACCCCUAGACAAUAACAAAAAAUCUGCAAUCGGACCCACCCUGUGUCACCACCAGUAGGUUUCAGUAAUCAGCAUAUAAGAUCCUAACUCUAUGGUAAAAAACUCUCUACCUUCCAAAUAACAUGGAUCCAUCCAACACAAGUUAGUGCUCAUGUUGUUAGGUGGUGGAAGAUAAGUUCUUGCAUUUAGAGGUUGUAAGGGUGUCUACACUUACCCUUACAUGCCGCCAGUCAUGUGGUGUCCUGAUCCAACACCAAGAAUUACUUUUAGUCUACACAAUCAUGUCUGGAUUUUAUAUGCUGUGAUUGACUCAGCACUAUCGAUUGGCUCAAAUACUGGUAUACAUAAUCAUCAUUUGUCCUGUAUUAUCAAAACAAUCUGUAUACUUUAUCAGAGUAGUUGUAAUGUAAAGGCUUAAAAUAAGGUUUUGUCUGGAUUUUCUUUGCUAUAAGGCUCAGCUAUCUAGAACAUUGUUCUGUUAUUGAUAGCAAUGUUCAGAGGGUGAAUAAUAGAGGUUAAAAUUAUAUACUUGAUAAGGAGAUAUUUGUUUUCCUGUUGCUUGAAAUUGCAAUUUUUGGAUAGAGAUGACCAGGCUUCCUGUUGUGUUUCCUGUACAAUUUCUCUGUUCUAGAAGAAUUCUUCAUAAUAAUAUUUUUUAUGCAACACUAAUUUUAGAACCGACACCACCACAAUUUAAAUGGGCCUGAGCCCCUACCAGGACUGUACUUGGUCAGAGUUUCAAGGAGGUGCCACUUAUUGUUGUUUUUGUCUUGUACCUUCUUGGUAUCUACAAAUAAUUUUUUUGAGUCAGAGAUGUAUAACCUUUUGUUAUGGUUUUGCAUACAAGUUUUCCAAAUUUUGGACUGUUCAUUUUUAGAGAUGUUUAUUUCUGCAAUGGAAAAGGAAAUAUCACUAGGUUAAGCCAGAAUAUUCUCAAGAGAAUUCAUAACACCUAAUUUAUCCGGUUUUCUAAAUAAAUGUUGUUUUGGGAUACUUGUUCUUAAGAAAUGUAUCCUAAAAUUUCCCAAAGAAUGAGAUAUAAUUCUGUAGAAAUUUUAAGUCGGCGAAUGGAUGAAAAUCAAUAUCAAAUCAAAGUAAUAUCGAUUUUGAAACUGUUGGAUGUAAUAUAUAUUAACUGAAGUUUACAAUCAUUUGUGAUGUUUUGUGAACAAAUGAAUCUACAAAGUGCUGUUUGUAGGAGCAGUCCUAAAUGUGUUCGCUUGGCAUGGAAAGGUUAUUUGAGCAGAAAACAAAAUCAUAAGUACAAUGUGUGACAUUUGUAAUUGGGGUAGGGCAGACCAGACAAAGACACUUAUUGAUUCUCAGUUUUAAGAACCCAUGUUUCCCCAUUUCAAGGGAUAGUCCAAGUGCCAUAACCACUACAGCAUGCAGUAGUGGUUAUGAUGCCAAGAGUGCCCUGGUGCCACCCUACAGUACCCUACUAGUCAUACCAUUUUCAAAGAUCCCACAGAUGCCUCUGGUCCGACCUCCUCUUAUGAGAUUACUAUCUAACACAUAGGUAAAUACUUAUGCUUAACUGAUGUUAAUUAUAACUGUGUUUGUAAGUAAUUCAUUUACUAAAAGCACUAGCUGACACUCUCAACCAGUGAAUUCCAACCAAACAGGAACAUAAUUGAUAACUCUACAGCAAAAAGGGACUGGGGGCAACUAGGGAACCCAGGUACGUGUUACAUCAUUUGAAAACAGCUUAAUUACUUAUUUUCUUAUGGUGCUAGGGAAAUUCUCACUUCUAGCACCAUAUCCACUAUACAAGGGAGUUAUUAUUUGGUUUGCAAUGUAUAGAACUAUAACAUGGAGGUCUGUUCCUAUAAUCUAGAUGCCAAUGUUGCUCCUGAUUGGCUGCUGUAGUUCCAGCUAAAGUCAUAUGUAUGCAUUUUUAGCAUAACAUUUACAAACACAGUAAGUAUAAACUAAGUCAAUGAUCACCAUCCAGUAUUGACUGCAGGUGUUAUCACAAUAUAGGAAACAUGAUAUUUAUUUCCCACCAUUAAGAGACCCAUGUUAAAGAUCCAAUAUGAACUGCUAUUCUUAGCUACAGAUUUCUACAGAUUUCUAUGGAAAUUUACAUAUACAGCAAAAAAACUGAAAUACACUUUUAAACCACAUGUGUAAAAAGAGAAAAUGUAAGUAUACUUGUUCGUCAGGGACAACAGAAAAUCCUAAUGGUGGAUUGGUGUUGCUCAUAAUGACCACAUAUAGAACACACAGUAACAUAGGAAUCAAGGUUGAAAUAAGGCUCCAGUCUAUCAAGUUCAAUUGCCCAGUUCAAGGUCAUAGGUCUAAGGUUGGAUAUUACACCAUUUAAAGAACAUACAGUGUGAUACUGUAGAAAGUAAAAUAUACAUAAUGUCAUACUAUAUUUAAUACAUUUUAUAGUGAUUUUAACCAAUAAGUGCAAUUCCCGCUUUUUAUUUCAAGAAUAAAUAUUUUUAUUCAACAUGACAGUAUACACCAUUUUUUUCCAUUAUAAAUAUCACCAUUUUGGAAUGUGUAUUACAAUGUACUUUGGGUUUAUUCUGGAUCUGCUAUCAUUUUAUUAGCAUGUGAGUUACAAUUAUUAAAGAUAGUGAUAUUAUUAUUUUUUUUUACUUUACAUGCAUUUUUUUAUGAUUUACUUAUGGUUGAACGUGAUGCAUUUUAUUACCUUUAUUACAAUGUAACUAUGUAGCUGUUUAUUUAAAUGAAUGCAUGUCCCUGUCACUAUGUGCAUUUGUUGAUUUUUGUUUUAUUUUCUUAGGGAGAUCACAUUGUUUCCUGCCAAUUCAGGGAAUGGACUUCUCCUGGGUGCUUUCUGUAGUCCUAGCAAUAUGCUCAUAUUGAAGGAGCGGGUACAGCUCACAAAUGGGUGGCAGACUCAAGAGAGACACCUGUUUCUAUUUAAUGACAGUCUUGUCAUCGCAAAGUCAAAGUAAGAACAACACAAGUAACUUGCUUCAUCUUACAUUUUUAGGAUUUUGUUUUUUUGGAUUUAAGUUUUCCAAACAAAAACAAAAUAAACGCUGUUGGAUGUGUUUGAUGUUUCUCAAAAUCUUUCAAGCUGGGCAAAAAAUAAAUACAAAGUUUGUCCUUAAUUGUACUGAAGCAGCAAAUAAUGAGGACUGUUACAUGUUAACCAUUAGUGGCUGCAUUAAGAGUAUACAUUAUGUGUGUGGAGCAAAGUCUUCAAAAUCUCAGCUUAAUGAAGUGAUGCGGGUGCCAGGUCCAUCUAGGAUUAACCCUGCCUGCUGUAAACAUAGCAGUUUCAGAGAAACAUAGCAGUUUUCAGAGAAACUGCUAUGUUUACAUAUGGGUUAAUCCAGCCUCUAGUGGCUGUCUCAUUGACAGCCACUAGAGGCAUUUCCGCGCUUCUCACUGUGAUUUUCACAGUGAGAAGACGCCAGCGUCCAUAGGAAAGCAUUGAGAAUGCUUUCCUAUGAGACAGGCUGAAUGCGCGCGCGGCUGUUGCCGCGCAUGCUCAUUCAGUCGAUGACGGGAAAGGAGGAGAGUCCCCAGCACCGAGGGAGCCCGGGGCUCGAAAAAAGGUAAGGGAUUAACCCCUUCCUCACCCUAGAGCCCGGCGGGAGGGGGGCCCUGAGGGUGAGGAGGACCCAAGGACCCUAUAGAGCCAUGAAAACGAGUAUGUUUUCCUGGCACUAUAGUGGUCCUUUAAGGUUUAUUAUGUAGAUCUGUCUUUAUAUCCAUUAAACAAUAUUAUACCAAUUUUUUUUAAUAUAUAUUUAUAUAUAUUUAAUAUAUUUUUUUCUUCCUCUGCCACAUUUUUUUUUUAAAUUUGCAUUUUUUGUAAAUAUUGUACUGCAUAUUUUACCUUAUGGGAUUUGCUUCUUGGUCAUAAUAGUAGAAUGUCAAUUUUGAUUUGAUUAGUGAUAUAUUAUUUAUUGCUCGAUCUGAGGUUAGGCAAUCUCAUGUUGCAUGUAGUUAGCUUUUGGAUAUAGGACUAGGAAAUCACAGACAUCCUAAUUACAGGAAGAGUUGGAAAUAAGGAAAAAUUGUUCCAACAUUUACACAACAAUAGAAAACAUUAAUCUUUUAAUUUACACUACAAUGGCAUAAAACAGAGUAUAUUGAAAAAUAAAUAGAAUGUAUAGAAUGCAAGAAUUUUAACUAAAAAAAUGGCUUGUCCUGUACUGUUUGUGGAUGUAAAAACAUUCAAUUAAUGAUAGCAUUAUUCUAUUUGUCAAUAUAAGCAGACACAAUGAAUGCAUCUACCUACUUAUCAGCUGGAUCUAUUACCAUAAGAAUAGAUCUAGUAUGACACAAAGCUAGGGCAUGCAGAUGCUGUUUUAAUAAAUAUGAGCCAUUUACAGUAAUUUUAAAUCAUGUUAUUUUGAGAAUGAUGAAGCACCAAAUAACUCUGUGUAUAAAGUCUUGGGAAGCUGUGGUUUCGCUCACGACAAAUCACAGACAUUUUGGUUUUGGAAUUCAUUUUCUGGACGGACGUCUGCCAACUCUUUUAACUAUUUCUAAAACUAUUUUAAUUCCUCAUCUUAUAUGGCAUUUGUGAGGGCUGUCUAGCCACAUCUAGCUCGUUUUUAAAAUAUCACAAAACAAAGUCAUAAAUUAACAUAUAAAAAAAAAACUGUGAUAAUUUUUGUUACAUUUUCUCGUGUUUGUCUGGAUUUUAUUUGUUUGUUUUGUAAACUAAUAAUUCAUCGGUUAUCCUGAGCCUUCAGCCUCCAUUUCAUAUCUUUUCAGGAUUAUUCACUAAAGUUAGAAUUCAAAGUAAAUAUCAAAGUGAAUUUCAAAUUUGAGGUCAAAAUAGACAAACUGGAAAAAGUUUUGAAGUUAGCUAUGCUUUCAAUUCAGCUACUUUGUCCUCAAAUGCAAAAUAAACUUUAAAAUUCUCACUUUAGUAAAUAACCUAAUUUGUCUCUGGAUUAUUCAUUUUUUACAUUGACAAAAUCUACUGAAUAUUAUAUUUAUAUAAUAUGAUAUAUAACUAUGCCAAUAUUAUAUUUACCUAUUAUAGAUCUUCUUCCAGCCUAAAGCUUAAGAAACAGGUGCAUUUAAAUGAAUUGUGGAUAACCUCCUGCCUCAGUGAAAUCUCAGAAAAGAAAUUGAGCUCUGAUAAUUCGUUUGUUCUUGGUUGGCCUACAACAAAUUACAUUGUAACUUUCAGGUAAUUAUGUGGGGUUUUUUUUUUUCAAAAGAAACACAUUCAUUUGGGGAAUUUUUUUGUUCUAAAAUAUUUUUUAUUUUUUUUAGGGGAACUGUAAUUUUUCAGAAUUUUUUUCCAUAAUAUUUACUAAAUAUAUAUUUGUGCGGUGUGAAAUCUAAAAUUAAAUAUAAAAAUCCACAUCCCUUUUAUCCUGCAACUGGAUGCCUCCAACUUAGCCCCCUUUCAAUCAUUGUUAUAAACAUUGUUCUUUGCACCUGACAAUCAGCACAGAAAACAUACAAAGAGGAGCAGAAAUAAAACAAUGUUUUUAUUGCUCUUCUUCAUUUGUAAUGUUUGUCCUGGCUUUGCCUUUUCUUAAAUGGUUUAUGAUGUAAUUUGCUAAAUAUUUAAAGGAACACUAUAGUCACCUAAACAACUUUAGCUUAAUGAAGCAGUUUUGGUGUGUAGGUCAUGCCUCUCAGGUUUCACUGCUCAAUCCACUACCAUUUAGGAGUUAAAUCACUUUGUUUCGGUUUAUGCAGCCCUUGCCACACCUCCCCUGGCUCUGAUUGACACAGCCUGCAUGAGAAAAAAAACUGGUUUCACUUUCAAUCAGAUGUAAUUUACCUUAAACAAUGUUAUCUCUUGCUCUGUAAAUUGAAGUUUAAUCACAUACAGGAGGCACUUGCAGGGUAUAGCAAGCUAUUAACAUAGCAGGGGAUAAGAAAAUUUCAAUUAAACAGAACUUUCAAUAAAGGAAGGAUAAACAUUAGACGACUCUUUACAGGAAGUGUUUAUGGAAGGCUGUGCAAGUCACGUGCAGGGAGGUGUGACUAGGGUUCAUAAACAAAGUGAUUUAACUCCUAAAUGGCAGAGAAUUGAACACUAAGACUGCAGGGGCAUGAGCUAUACACCAAAACUGUUUCAUUAAGCUAAAGUUGUUUUGGUGAUUAUAAUGUCCCUUUAAUUAAAAGAAAACAUAGUAACUCGUAGAUAAAGGUAAACUCAAGUUAUAGAGGUUUUUAAUUUGUUUAUUAAAUUUUUUUAUUCAAUGGUGUACAUUCCAGAUAAGUGACAGUUCCCCUUUAAGGCUCAUACAAAAGGUUUAAAUAAAUAUAAAUAAAAUUGGUGAGCACAUUGUAGUAUCAAAAGUUUAAAAUAUAAAAUAAUCAAACAUAUAUUUGCUCUUAAUAAGUAAAAUAAAAAAAAACAGUUUGUCCUGAAAAUAUAUUCUAUUGGUAUACUUUCUAUUGAGAUCCUCAUUUGAACUAUAUGGUCAUUGUGGUAUUUUUUAUUUGUCUAUAGAAAGACAUUUCAGUGUCGAAAGACCACCAUAAAUAAUUUGAGAAAACUGUUUCAUCCCCAUAUAGUAAUCUAAUAGCUAAAUAAGGCCAUAGCGUGCAGAGUGCCAAGAAAAAUAUAUUACAACUUAGUAAACAGAAACUGCGUGUAUACAGAAGAUAAUCAUUUAAAGGCACACUACAGGCAUCAAAAUAAUGUUAGCUUAAUAAAGCAGUUUGAGUGUAUAGAUCAUGCCUCUGCAUUCUCUCUGCUUAAUUCUCUCAAAUAAACACACUGUGCUGUAAGAUAUAACCAAAAAUAAAACCCUUUUUCGGUAGAGGCUGUGUCAGUCACAGACAGGGGAGCUACAGCUGCAUAAACUGAAACAAAAGAGAAUUGAGCGAUGCAAGUGCACCAAAACUACUUUGUUAAACCCAAGUUGUGUUGGUGCUUAGAGUAUCUCUUUAAGCAUGGGGAUCUCUAACACUUUAUGCCCAAUGUAUUGCUUAUAUAUGUGUGUAUAUAAGCAAUACAUACAGUCAUAUUUAUACACACACACACACAUACAUAUAUAAAAAACAAUUCACUCACAGCCAAUAUUACCUACUUUUCCUGGAUACCUGAAUAUUGCAAUUGCAAUGUUUUAUGAAACUCGGUGCGCAGGCAUUAUAUUGGUCAACAGAUGUUAAUAGGAGAAAAUAUAGCUUUUGAGGCAGUACACCAGAUAAUAGUGCCUAGAUUUAAAUUACAUUUACUGCCUAUUACGGACACUCUACCAAGCCUCUACCUAGAAAUCCACCAUACCACUGAACAACUGUCCACUGUACUAUUAGAAUUUUAAAAUGUUAAAGGGACACUAUAGUCACCUGAACAACUUUGGCUUAAUGAAGCAGUUGUGCUGUAUAGAACAUGCCCCUGCAGCCUCACUGCUCAAUCCUCUGCCAUUUAGGAGUUAAAUCCCUUUGUUUAUAAACCCUAGUCACACCUCCCUGCAUGUGACUUGCACAGCCUUCCAUAAACACUUCCUGUAAAAAGAGCCCUAUUUAGGCUUUCUUUAUUGCAAGUUCUGUUUAAUUAAGAUUUUCUUAUCCCCUGCUAUGUUAAUAGCUUGCUAGACCCUGCAAGAGCCUCCUGUAUGUGAUAAAAGUUCAAUUUAGAGAUUGAGAUACAAUUAUUUAUGGUAAAUUACAUCUGUUUGAAAGUGAAACCAGUUUUUUUUCAUGCAGGCUCUGUCAAUCAUAGCCAGGGGAGGUGUGGCUAGGGCUGCAUAAACAGAAACAAAGUGAUUGAACUCCUAAAUGACAGUGAAUUGAGCAGUGAAAUUGCAGGGGAAUGAUCUAUACACUAAAACUGCUUUAUUUAGCUAAAGUAAUUUAGGGGACUAUAGUGUUCCUUUAAUGUCUGCCAAAAUCCAAAUGUUGUAACUACUUAUUUGAUAGUAAAGCCAUUGACAAUUCCAAAAGCACAAUCUAUGAGUAGUUUUUAGAUUUGUGCACAGAGAGAAUUUAUUUUCUAAAAAUAUAUUUUUUUAAAAUGGUAUUUAUACACAUUCCUGUAGUUAUCACCUUUAUUAACAUAACAUCCACACUCCGCUUUGUGUUGCUAAAUUGUGUUUCCUUCACAUGCACAGAUUUCUGGAUUGUCAUGUUAACGGACUUUAUACCGUGAUUCUAUAUCUGUACUGUAGUUAUAAAUGAAUGGAAACACAAUGUUCAUUUUGGUGGUGAUAAAACUAAAAGAAAAAAUAUAGGAAAACCUUGAAACUAGAAAAAAGGAAAUAAAGGCUGUACACGAGUCAUGUUAAAAUAGAAGCAGGAAGGUCUGUUUGCUUGUGGGACACAGGAAGGAACCGUUAUAUUUGUCUAAAAUUGCCCUCUAGAAGAAGAUGUUGUUACUUCUCUUUGUAUUGUUAUUCUGUUAUAGUUCCUCUGACACAAAGGAGAAGUGGCUCUCAACUUUAUGCUGGUGAGUUAUCCUUUAAUAAACUCUUUGUUAACCCUUUGUUCUGAAAAACAACAUAUAUAUAUAUAUAUAUAGGGGCAAAUCUAAAAGACAUUGCCGGCAUAAGAUAUGUUCAGCGUUCAGCUCAACCUUUGUGCCCGCCGUACAAUUUGUCAGAUUUAUUUUAAUUUUGGGAAAUUUUAAAAUUGAAAGAAAGUUAUUGGUUGAUUUGUUAGAAAAGAAAAAGGAAACAUUUCAAUGUUUUACUUAGAAAAUCGCUACAGGAUUAUUCUGCAAUCUGGGAAUUGUGGGGAAUCGUCCAAGGAAAAGCACUUUUUAUUUUUUAGCCAAAUAGCCUGUUUAAAAAAUCUUGGACAGUUGGAUAAUUUUCCAGUCUGAUUCUUUUGGCUUAUUUACUAUUAACUGGCAAAUACCUGAUAAUGCCUGAUUUUAUUAAGAUUAUUCUUAAAGGAACACUGUAGAGUUAAGAGUACAAACAUAUAUUCCUAUGCACACUAUAGUUUGUAAUUUACUCUACUAAUGCCCCAUGCCAUGUGAGAAGCCUCAAGAUCAAUUAUCUCAACCAAUCAACCAAGAUCAAUGAUCUCAAUGUAAUACCCAAUAGAGUGAACUCUAUUAGCCAACAGCCGCUAGACUAGAGGCAUUUAAACUUCAAUAAAAACAUUGCUGUUCCUGAACUAGAGUGACAUGGCACCCAAUCCACUUAAUUGAGAUGAAGUGGCCUGGGUGCCUAUAGAGUUCAUUUAAGUAUUCUAAAAAUGCAUUUUUUAUUUCAUUCUUUCUUUAAAUUACUUUUAUUCUAUUUUCGUCUUUAAUACACAGGCAUAUAAAUGAGAUAAAGAAGAAUGAGUAUCCUAAAGAACUCCCCAUUAGCGUAUUAUACCUGGAUGCAGAGGAACUAACUUCUGUAAGUAGAGUCAACCUGAGCUACUAUAGAUUUGUCAUUGUUUUUAUUGAAAUUGUCCUUUUUUUCUGGAAUUUACAUAAUUUUAUAAAACAUUGAAAAUCAAAUACAACUUGUGUUAACCAUGAGAUGCUCUGUUUUAUUUCAAAUUUAUGUUAAAGAUUUAGCUAAUGACAACGUAAUCAAGUUAAGACAAGGCAAACAUUGCAAAUGAAAAUGAUAAAAUAGAAAUAAUAUUUAAUCUCUCCUCUUUUCUGAAUGCUUUCUUUAAGCUGACUGCCAGGUGUAAAUGACAGUGAUUAUAACAAUGAUUGACAGGGAGCUCAGAUUGAGGUGCCCAGUUACUGGACAAAGACGUGUAGAUUUAUACAUUUAAUUUUAUUUUUCAUGCUGCACAAAUACAUAUUUGUUAAGUAUAAAUAUAAAUAAUCAUAAUGUUAAAAAUUAUCAGAAGUGACAGUUUCCCUUUAACUUAAAAUCACUCUGUGUUUUGCUUUGCCACUUGGAUGAAAAAAAAAAAAACUUUCAACCUUCUUUCAAUAUCUUGGGAACGAUGAGAUUCCCAAUAAAAAUCUAUGUAGAAUUACUGCCAGACGAGGCCCUUGUGACCUAUGUGAUUUAUGGACCAUCUCUAUUUUUGGGUAUGUAAUAGAAAUGUAGGCAGUGAACUUUGAAAUAUCAUCAUCUUUCUCUAAAACAUGUGUCCAAGAUCAGAUUUAGAUUUAAAACAUUAUGUUCAAGGAUUCUGAUGAAUAUUAAGUAAAGUUCUCAGAAUAUUUUGUUUAGGAGUGCAAAACUGCAAGCUUCUAAUUUAAUGAUGUGUAUAGCUCAUUAGGAUCCCCGAGGAGCCUUUUUCACUAAACUGCAAAUUAUGGUGAAUUGACAACCCACAUUUGAAGUACAGGGGAAUUGGAGAAUUUUUCCAGUUCAGUAGUUUGGACUUUAUUUUGCAGAUUUCCUUGUAGAUAUGUAGAGAAGUGAUGAAUUAUCUUUAUAUACUAUCCAUUAUGGAUUCUAUUUGUCUCAUUAAUUAGCCAUUGAGCUGCCCGAGUAUUGUGAUAAAUGUAAUCCGUUACAGCUGCCAUACCAAAGGUUAACUGUUACAAAUGUAGGUGGGAUGCAAUCAAAUAAACUAAGAGUGGUGGGAAGUAAGCAGAACUUUGGAAUUUUGCAAAACAAUAGAUAACACAGGCAGGGUUUGUUCCUGCUGUAAGCCCUGGGGACCACAUCUUUAAUGAAUAUACAAAAACUAUGUCCUGCUAAUCUUGCUGAGUACAAAGUAAACAAGAUCAGUGUGAUCACUUCCCUAAUACGGUUACAUCAGCUCACAUCUGGCAUGGGAAGUAAGAGAUGCUGAGUCUUCAUUUAUAAUGCAUCUCUAAACACACACAUUUGGGGUUAGGCAUCUGUAAAUAUUUUUAAUUCUAGCUUCAGUUAUGUAAAGCAUAUUAAAAUAUCUCUGUGCUAGAAUAUUUCUAAAUUGUAGAGAAUUUUCAUAACUCACUCCCUCUUUCCAGAGCGCCACCAUAAAUGUAACCAAUAUGGACGAUGCAGACAAAGUAAUUAGAAUGGCUUCUGAGCAACUCGGAAUUCCAGUAAGUACACAUUGGUUACUUUGCUUUUUCUACGUAAUUCAGUUUUAAUGAUGUAUGGUUAUGUAGGUUACACAUAUCAGAAUGAUCAAGAAUAACUAAAACCGAAACAUCUUGAUAUCUGUAGCACUGCUAUUACCUACCCGGGAACUUAAGGUCCUCUGAGGAUUCCCCCUAUAUCUCAUACUGGUAGAAGAGAAAUGUCCCUUGCAAAAUAGACAACCCGUUCCCUUAAAGGGUGAUGGAAUCAGCUGGGAAGAGAGCACUAGAAGUAAUGUUUUUUUUUACAUUAACGUUCUCUUCACUAUUAUAUAAUAUAGUAAGUGAUAUUUCUUAGGAAUUUUCCAGGAACAAAAAAAACCUUUAUUGACUAGUUAGAUCUAAUCACACGAUGUAAAGUAUCCUAAAUGAAUUUGUAGACAAUGAAGAGGAAGCAAGAUGAUUGGUUCGUUAUAGAAAUAAAACCCUGCUUUAGUGUGAUUACAAAUGGCCAAAAACGGCACUAGUUUAUACAUAAUGCCAUAAUUGCAUGAUUUAUGUUUUUCUGUCCCUAGGGCAAGCCAGGUGACUACCAUUUGUGGGUGAUAUCUGGAAAGGAUGAACCCUCUUAUCCAUUGUAUGGUGAGAGAUGAUCUAAAACAGAAUUAUCUAAAUCUGUGCUCUGUGCAAUGAAGGUCUAGCGCUUGCUAAAUGGCUCCAGCAAUUGGACAGCUAUGAUGUGUUUUGUGUUGUACUAUGCAGGAUGUAAUGUAGCUUGGAGGAUAUAUGCUAUUAAGCGCUACACUGCAAAAAAAUAGAAUACAAAUUAAAUUUAAAAAAGGUUUUACUUACCUUUAUUUCCAGCCCAGAGACUCACUUGAUGUCGCCUGUUCUUCCUCCCGUGACCUAAACCUACAAGUGUUGCUUCCUGGGUUCUUGUCCAAUCCAAUUCUUCUCACAGAGAAGCAUUGGGAAUGAAAUGCAAUGUGAUAUAUGACGAUAUUCUGUGAGGAUGUUGAAUGUCACAUAACCAAGUCAAACUCAGUUAUGGACACAGCAGAGGCUCUAUUGCCUGUCAGGAAGACAGGCACUAGGGGUAUGUUUUGCUCUACAAUCAUACCAUUGCCAUAUCUACUAAAAGGCAAUGUUUUAGAUUUCAGGAAAAAUCGCCAGGGGCACUGAAAACAGACCACUUUGUUGUGAUAAAGUGGUCAUGGUUCUUUUGGUGUCCCUUUACUAUAAUAGCUAUGACCUGUGAUGCUAGAAAAAGUCAAAUAAUAAUCUUAUGCCUUAGUAUUACCCUACAAUAUUACCCUAAGAAUACAGACGGAGUAAAAAGUCUGACUUUUUUAGGAAAAAAGCAAAAUUAUAUUGAAAAUGCAGUUGUUUUAGUUGUGUUUUAUUAUGUUUACCAAUCUAUUCCCACAUUACAUGACUGUCAUCAGUGUGUAAAUAAUUUUAAUGAAACACUGUCUUUUAUUGUACUUCUCUUUUGUCAGGCCACGAGCACCCUUUCAGCAUUGCCUUGCAUUGUUUUCGGGAAUCCCAUGAGAUGCCAAAGGGGAGCAACAACAACCUCUUCUUAGAUCAAGGCUCUGAGACUGUUAUCGUAGAGCAGCUUCCCAGGGAGAGACAUUGCCAGUUCGUCCUGAGACUAAGGCCGCAAGUCCAUGAGAAUGCAGGGAGAGGUAAUGUAAUACAUCUGCCAUUUGUAUAUUUUUAUUUAGGAGAAAACAUAAAUCAGACUUUGAAUGCUGGGUACUUAUGUGAGGAUGGUGCCACACACAUAAAUGUUUAAAGUUGAAAAGAAUCUCAGUAAAUGCCCUUAAUAAUCAUAUCUCAAAAGACAAAGCCAUUCCACAGUCUCACUUGCUAUUUGCCUUAACCCCUUAAGGACCAAACUUCUGGAAUAAAAGGGAAUCAUGACAUGUCACACAUGUCAUGUGUCCUUAAGGGGUUAAAGGGACACUCCAGGCACCCAGACCACUUCUGCCCAUUGGAGUGGUCUGGGUGCCAACUCCCACUACCCUUAACCCUGCAACUGUAAUUAUUGCAGUUUUUAUAAACUGCAAUAAUUACCUUGCAGGGUUAAGUCCUCCUCUAGUGGCUGUCUAGUAGAGGGCACUUCCAGGUUUAUAGCACAGAUUUUCUGUGCUAUAGCGUCGCUGGACGUCCUCAUGCUAAAAUCACCACAGGAAAGCAUUGAAAACACUUUCAAUGCUUUCCUAUGGGGAGGUCUAAUGCGCAUGCACGGCAUUGCCGCGCAUGCUCAUAAGGUCUCACCCGGCGGCGGGCGUGAUCAGUCUCCCCGGCCGGCUGACGUGGUGACGGGGAGGAGCGUGGGCGGACCAAGAAGCAUCACCAAGGGACAUCGUCGAUGCCUCUAGUAAGUCACUGAAGGGGUUUUGACCCCUUUAGCAACCGGGGGGGGAGGGAGGGGAGAGGGAAAACAGAUUGUUUUCCUGGCACUGGAGAGUCCCUUUAAUUUGCCUUAAUCUGCACAUGGAACAAUAAAGUUAAACAAAGCAGAUUCCCUUCUUCUAAAUCUAGAACUUCCAAUUCCAAAUCCAUUGCACUUUCCACAACGUAUUUAUCGUAAUUUUCUAAACUGAGAUGGUGGAGAAAUGAUAAGGAAAUUGCCCAAAUAAUUAAAAUAGAAACACUCUCUGGUGUUUGCAGUUCCAUUUAUCAUUUCCUGGUGUCUAUAUCCUGUCCCUGUAAUCAUUUCAAUGUAAAAGCUGUCUUUUCAGAGGAAAUGCAGUGUUUACAUUGCUUCCUAGUAGCACUUCAAGUGUCUGUAACUCAGACGGCCACUUGAGAUGCUUUCUAGUCCAGUGCUGCACAGUACGUAUGUUCAGCGUGUCCAUGUUCUGCAUGGAGACAUAGAACGUUUCCAAUAGAGGUGCAUUGAUUCAAUGUAUCUCUAGGAGAAGAUGCUGAUUGGUGCAGUGCGGCCAUAGACUCCCAAUGCUUUCCUAUGAUAAUCUAUUCUAGACGAUGAAGGUGGAGUUAGCCGCGGCGAGACUGGCGAAGAAUGGGAGAAAAGGUGAGUAAAAGCACUAAGUACUGAGAUUGAUAGAGAGGCCGGUCACCUAAACAGCUACUUAAGGACUAUAGUGUCAGGAAUGCAUGUUUGUAUUCCUGACAUUAUAGAGUUGAUUUAAGCUAUUUGCUGUUUUGCUGGAAUUUUCUGUUUGCACUCUGACAUUUUAGUUUUUUUUUUCUCACAGUUAGUUGCAAGCGUUUUUGUUACAAAUGAAAAAAAACAUUCAGCUUUUAGCAAAAGAACAGUUCUGGGUAUUUCAGAGUCAGAUUCUUCAGUGUUUCAGCUUAAAAAACAGCUCUAAACAGGCCAAAACAGCAACCCUUCUGUUAAAUCAGUUCUCUCUGUUAUGUCUCUGGGCAUUGACAUCUUGCAUCUCCCAGAGGCACAGAUCCAGAGAGCACGCCUGGGUAACAGCAAUUCCAAAUACUGAUACAUGUAGAAAAUGUGUGUUUGAAAGUCAAUGAAUUUUACUUUAUAUAUGUAUUACUAAGCAGGAAUUGCUGAGGUGGUGAAUAGCUGGUGCAAUGAGUGUAUUACAGUGGAUACUUCUUAUCACUUUACGUAAAAAUUCAUUUAAUUCCUCUUCCUGACCACUUAUACUGCUCUGUGAUUUGAUUCAUGUAGAUCGAGACCAGUGGUAUGGACAUAGUGAAGACAUAGACACUGAAUUUUAUGCAAACGUUGGAGCAUCCCUGACCGAAUAACAUAGUUUGUGAGCAACUGAAAACUCAACAUAUAUCUUUAUAUUUCAAUACAUAGAUGUUAUUUAUUUGCUGAUUUUAAUUGAUAUAAAAAAUAAAACAGUAAAUAUGGCAUGUACAAACAUUUUGGAACCCUUUUAGUUAUUCACUAGUUACUUUUUUUAGUAAGGUCUCAGAACCUUCAUUGUCUACACCAGGGGUUCCCAAUUAGUAAACCGAUAGUAGUAUUUAGGAGCAGGUGUGCUUUUGUGUGUACAGUUGGUGUUUGUAUAUAAUGUUAGCGUUUUGAUGUCUGUGUUUGUAUGUAAUGUUUGCAUUUGCGUGUAGGGGUGUGUUUGUAUGUAAUAUUUGCAUUUGCGUGCAGGGGUGUGCUUGGAUGUAAUGUUAGCUUUUAAAUGCGUGUGUGCAUUUGUGUGUAGUAUUAGUGUUUGAGUGUUUGUAUAUAAAUUUGAAAUUUGAAUCCAGGGUUUUUUGUAUGUAAUGUUUGUGUUUUCAGGAGUGUUUUGCAUGUUGUGUUGGUGUUUGAUUGCUGGGAUGUAUGCACAUAUAUGUGUUUGAUUGCAUGGAUGAUGUUUAAUUGCUGGGAUGUAUGCACAUAUGAUUGCUGUACGUAUGCCAUGUACAUACAUACACAAGCAAAUUAACACACAGACACACAUAUAAGAACAUUGACACAUAAACACAGUGGUGUAUCAGGACAAAACUCAGACCCCGCACCACCCCCACCCAACCCUUCCCCCCGCCCUACCUUCUAAAUACACACACACACACUCAUUCACUGACAGAUACGCAUACACUAGCUAACAGAAACAUACACUCACUAACAGACACACACACACUAAUAGACACACACUAACAGACACACACACUAACAGACACACACAUACACUCACUAACACAUACACACUAACAGACACACACACAGUCAGACACACACACUAACAGACACACACACACUAACAGACACACUCACUAACAGACACACACACACUCACUAACACACACACUAACAGACACACACAGUCAGACACACACACACUAACUAACAUUAAAACACUCACUUUUUUUUAAUUUAACCCCCCCAGCCUCCUUACCUUUGGGAAUGCUGGGUGGGGGGCGGGUUCUCCCAUUCCCUGGGAGUCGAGUGGCUGCUUGGCUGCUGGGAUGCUGGUCGGGUGGGUGUCGCUGGUGAGGGAGCACUUUCCCCUGAGCUCUCUGCUCAGCUCCCUCACGCUCCGCCCGCAGAGUGAGGCUGGGAGCCGGAAUAUGAUGUCAUAUUCCGGCUCCCAGCCUCACUCUGUGGACGGCGAGCAAGGGAGCUGAGCAGAGAGCUCACUAAUCAGUGCUCCCUCGCCAGCGCCACCCACCUGCCUGGACUGUUAGCCGCAAGGCUAACAAGGCAUUUGCCCUGGGCAUUUGGGGGCGGCUUUUUUUGCUGCCCCCUGGUAAAUGCCGCCAAAGGCAAAUGCCUUGUUUGCCUCGCGGCUAAAACGUCCCUGCACACACACAUUCAUAUACACACUGACAUAUACACACAGACACAAAGAUACACACCUUGAAACAGAGAUACACACUGGAACAUACACACACACACCAAUACACACAUACUGACAUGCACACACACACACACACACACACACUCAGAUACACACAGUGACACAUACACAAACCUUGACACACAGAUACACACACUGACACACACUCAGACACACAUACUCUUUGACAGACACACAUACACACACACUGACAAGCACACAUGCCCUCUCACUGACAAGCACACAUGCACUCUCACUGAAAAGCACACAUACACACUCACUGACAAACACACAUACACACACAAUCACUGACAAACACUGACAUGCACACACACACACACACGCACACACACUCAGAUACACACAGUGACACAUACACAAACCUUGACACACAGAUACACACACUGACUAGCACACAGGCACUCUCACUGACAAGCACACACACACACUCACUGACAAACACACAUACACUCUCAGUGACAAACACACUUACUGACAACACACAAUUUAUUUAUAUUUUUAAAUUUCACUCCACCCAACCUCCCUACCUUUGGGAGUGCUGGCAUGCAGUUUCUAUUUCCCCAGGGACCAGUGGGGCUGCUGGCGUGUGGUCCCUGGGGUCCAGUGGGGCUGCUGGGCUGAACAGCUGGCGUGCAGGUGUACAGUGCGGGCAGCGAGGGAACAGUGAUCUUCCUGCUCAGCUCCCUCACGUGCCUCUUAGUGAUGCCAAGGCUGAAGUGACGUCAUAUUUCAGCUCCGGCAUCACUCCGGCAUCACUGCGGUAGGCUCGAGGAAGCUGAACAGGGGAGAGUGCUCCCUCACCGCCCACGUCAAUUAUCAGCUGCACCCGACCGGGUCAAAUCGCAGCGGCCAUUUUGUUUGCCGAAAUUACGGCGGAUCCCCAAUUUUGAAAUGCUGGUCUACACUAACUCUAUAGUCCUUUCUAAAGGGGACAUUUCCACAGAUGCACAAACAUGAUUUGCAUGGAAAGGUCAGCAAAAGGAAACAUUUACUCCCAAUCACAAUAUUCAACCCAUGUAUAAUCUAGAGGUAUUUUGGAACCAAAUGCUGGCAUUUGUUGAAUUAAGUGUUUUAGCUACAAUCACAGAAGAGGAGUGUUAACUUCUUUUCAUUUAGAAAUAAACUAAACAUUUUAUUUUGUCAUGGAUGUCCAAACAUUUGCACAUAGAGCUGUAGGGCUAUUGACUUUUGAGUAGUUCUGGCAUGUUAUAAAACCAUUUUAUAAAAUGUACAUCCUUACUAAAUCUUGGUAACGCAGAGCUGUUAAUGUAUUAUCCCAGUGUUGACCAUAUUGCAUAACCCCAUAUCUUCGUAUCUAUGAGAAAUUCACAGCAAACAUGGAUGAUAAAACGUUGUAUUCUUGUCCUACAGAAUCAGUGCAAAAACAUUCCAGAAGAAAAAAGUCCCUGAUUGACUGGGCUCUUCGACGUACUGGGAGCACCACUCUGAGCAGCCGUGUCCCUCAAUCACCAAACACUCCUCGAAAACUCUUUGGCUUGUCCCUGUCAACUAUUUGCCUCAAUGGCAAUCUUCCCAAACCCAUAAUGGUAAGAAAUAAUACAUUUUAUUAUCUUACACCUUGAGCAGUCUGCUUUAAAUUUCCAUCCUGGGGGAACAAAAUAUAUAUUAUUUAUAAAAAGGAAAUAAUUGCAUUUCAUUUAAUCAAUAUUACCAUUCCUAUGAUGAUUCAUUAUGAAUACUUUUCAUUAUAUACCUUGACAUCCAUGUUGCUAAUUUAAGUCUAUAUAUAAACAUAUUUUAAUUUGCUCUCUGGGUUUUUCUUAGUGAGUAGAUGAGCAGAAUUUCAGAAUUCCCCAUCUCCAGACUCCACUAAUCUCUCUGCUUCAGCUUACCCAUAAAUAGUAGCUCAAGACUUAAGGUGUUAAAUCACUACUCACUCUAAAAUUAAACUCUGCCCACAAAAGCCUUAAUUUAAUUAGAGUUGAUAAUCUUUAUCAGUAGGUUAUCGGUUCUUGAUAAGACAUUUAAUGGUUCUGACAUAUUAAAUACAUGCUGUUAAAUCGACACUUUUAUAAACGGAGAUAUGGGUGAGAUGCAGUUAACCCCUUUAGCACUUUAACAAGCAGAAGUGCUUUAGUGGUCUGUUGAGUCCCUUUAAUUUCAGAGGUCAGAGGCUUGAUGUAAAUAAGGUAUAAACUCCAACUGAACAGGCUAUAAACCAGGCAUGUGCCUUGUAAAUCAAAAACAAAAAAUAAAUCCAUAAGAGAGAACUGAUCUGGCAGUUUCUUAGCAUGGAAAAAAAGUUCUGAGUGUAUUUUAAAACAUUUGUUCACUGAUCGUGUCAGCUAAUUGCUUGGCAGCUAGCACUCAGAUGUAAUGCUGCCAUUGAACGUACACUUUGUAUGAGAGAGAACUAAUUGUUUAUCAUUUGUUUAGGAUAUGCUUAUGCUGUUGUACGAGGAAGGUCCAAACACCAAGGGGAUUUUCCGACGUUCAGCCAACGCUAAAACUUGCAAAGAACUGAAGGAGAAGCUGAUCUCUGGGAAUGAUGUUCAGAUAGACAGAGAGUCGGUGUUCGUUGCAGCAGCUGUGAUAACGGUACAUACUUACCAUUUUAGUUCCCAAUGGCCUAUUGUAGGGUUUUUUCUCUUAUUCUUACUCUGUGUCCCAAUUUACUCUGUAAUCUUACUCUGUGUGAAUCAUUUUAAUGAUAUCAAUGACCCCAAAGAGUUUUUUGACAUGUAUCAAGUUAGAGGAAAGUGGAUUAAUUUCAUAGUAACAUAGCAGUCUAGGCUUAAAAAAAGACUGAAGUUAAUCAAUGUCAACCUUAAAACCCACGGUUAUGUGCUGUUAAUCCAAAAGAAUCCAAAAGAAGGCAAAAAAAAAAAAAAAAUUUUUAGCCAUUUCCAAUUAUGCCACAAAAAGGGAAAAAAAUCCUUCUUGACUCCAUAAUGGCAAUCAGAUUUCAUCUUGGAUUAACAACCUGUUCACAUACAUAUAAAUUAUAUAAUUGGGGGUCAGUGGUUUCCUCUUGCUGAUACCCUUUGGGAUUGCUCAAGUUUAAGAACAUAAUUCUGGUUUUAUUAUUCUGACUACUGAACCCCGGAACACUGAAAAUGUCAACAUUUCAAAUUUGAACAUCAGAUGAGUACCUUAAUAAGUACCUUAAUAUAUAUAGAACAUCAGAUGAGUACCUUAAUAAGUACCUUAAUAUAUAUAGAACAUCAGAUGAGUACCUUAAUAAGUACCUUAAUAUAUAUAGAACAUCAGAUGAGUACCUUAAGAAGUACCUUAAUAUAUACAGAACAUCAGAUGAGUAAGCAAAGAAGUACCUACACUACAGAUACAAGCUUUCCGUUUAUUUAAGGUAACAGCAUGCAACUUAACAACGUUUUGGCUAAGCACUUGACAAAGGACUUUUGACUGAAACAUUGUCAAUUUGUGUCCUGUUCCCUUAAAUAAAUGGAGAUAUCAUAUCAGGAAUGCUGGACCAUUAUAUAUUUUAUAUACAAUUUGGGCUGAGCAGGCUGACAUGGCAAAACUUAACAUUUAUAGAAGAUACUAGUGUAUUUAUUAGUACAUGUUGCUAUUUAUUUAACAUCAUCAUUUAUAACCACACUGUGUCUUGCUCUUUUGUGGAACUGGAAAAAAACCCUUAGGUGCCUCUGGAAAUUAUACAAAGAAUGUCAUGGACUCAACAGCAAAUGAAUAAGAAUUCUUUUAAGUGCCUUGUAAACAUCUGCCAGGGAGUUACAUGCAUGAAAAUAUGAGAUGUUUAAUAUACUUUUGUGUGGCAAUCAAAAUGUGGGAAAGAAUCCACUCAAAGUAACUUGACAGAAAUAUUAAACAACCAAAAGAACUUCUGUAAUGUUCAUUAGAAGUAAAACAUACCAUAUCCAGUAUAAAACAUACAUUAAUUAACAAAGAGCCAGCAACAGCCGGCGGCCCCAGGCCCUCUUCUGAUUCCAGGGAUUUUAUUUAUGGCCCUUACCAGAUUCUUUAUUACAUAAUGAAUUCAAUAGUGUCUGGUGCAAUAGAUACUCUGUAUGUUAAACUGUAUGGUAAAAGAAAAAACUGUCCCAGUGUAAAUUAGUUUUAUAAUAGCUAGAAGUAGAGAGUGGUAACUAUUAGUUAGUGGUACAAGAUACGGUAGUGUAAACUCGAAACAUUUAUUGGUUAGCUAUGUAGAUUUAGAUACCUGAGAGGUCUCCAAUAAGCUUGCACUCUUAAUCUACAUACUAGAUAAUGCUAGAUAAUGCUAUUCUGUAUUAUACUAUACUAUAUUCUACUGUGCUAUAUUGUACUAUAAUAUGUUUUACUAUACUAUACUUUGCCAUACUAUACAAUGUUAUGUUAUAGUAUACUAUACACUGAUCAGCCACAGCAUUAAACCCACUGCCAGCUGAAGACAAUAACGUAUUAUAGCGUUACAGUGGCACCUGUCAAGGGGUGGGAUAUAUUAGGCAGCAAGUGAACAGUCAGUUCUUGAAUUUCAUAUGUUGGAAGCAGGAACAAUGGACAAGUGAAAGAGGCUUAGACAAGGGCCUAGAUGACUGAGUCAGGGCAUUUAAAAAAUGGCAUGUCUUGUGAUGUGUUCCCAGGAUUGCAGUGGGGCAAGAAAGGACCAGGGUUAAGAUCAUGGGUGCCUAAGGCUUAAUGAUGCACAGGAGGAGCAAAGGAUUGCCUAUAUGUGCAACCAUACAGAAGAACUGCAGUAGCUCAAAUUGCUGAAAAUGUUUCAUGUGGCUUUAAAAGUGGAGUGCUUAGCAGUACAAUUGUAAAAAACAUUUAAAAAUAUUACUUGCUCUAUAGAUAAACUACUGUGUUGAAAAACAAUGAAUCCAUAUUUGGUUAAAAAUACAAAAUCAUGGGGGGCGGAGCUUGCCAGCGAGCCUGAUCGGACGCCAUCUCUAUCAGCUCCCGAUAGCCCAGAGCUAAUCUUAUCAAUCCUGAUCAAUACCGGCAUCAUCCUAGAGCAACACACCCCGCAAGUGAUAUUUCACAAGCACUGGAGUGCAUACAUGCCUUUCUUUCACGCCCAGAAGCCGGCAAAACAGAAACGCAGGUCUGGGGCCUACAGAGCAACGGCCUUCUUCGGCUGGCACUCACUACUCGGCGGAGCACCGCUCGAAAGUGCAACAACUGCCCCAACCCAGAAGAGACCUGAAACCACAAACGGUACACCCACCAUGAGGCGCAGAAACAAGAAAGCCUCACCCGGUACAGGGUCCGACUCCAAAGACAUCAGCACCAUGCUACAAAAGCAGCCGCAGCCCGAGAUGAUGGCCGAGGAAGGUGUCGUCAUGCCGGCCCCUCCAGAGUCACCAAACCCAAGGCUCUGUAGCAACCACAAACCUUGACUCCUUGGUGGGAACACUUUCCACCAAGCAAGACCUCCAAACACUGCUCCUGGACAUACAAAAACUGUGGGCUGUGGACAUAGCAGUGAUCAAGAAGGUUGCACAGCAGGUGACAGUCCGCUUGAGGGCCGCGGAGGAGGAAGUGUCAGAUAUUAGAGCAGAGGUUUCUGUCAUGAAGGAAACACUCCUCAAGGUACAAUCUACCCAGCUUAUAUUUACCUCACAGCUGUCUGCCCUCGAAGAUCAUCAGAGACGCAACAAUAUAAAAAUCCGCGGCAUCUCAGCGGUGGUCACGGCGGACGAAUUGCCCCACUUUCUGCGGCGGCUGGUGGCAACAGUGCUACCCCCACAGGCAGCUAAAAGUUUUACUAUGGAUGGGCUAUACCGACUCCCUGACGCAACAGCGCGAGCCACAGCUACCCCACGGGACGUUAUUUUACGUUGCAAAUUCUCGCAAGACAAGGGGCUCCUCAUGGCUGCAAUGCGGGGCAAGACGCCAUUCACCUUUGAGGGCGCACAGCUAUCAGUAUAUCAAGACCUAACGAGAGCAACUCUGCAAUGGCGCAGAUCCCUCCAGAAAAGCACACUUAAGCUGCACACAGCAGGAGUGAGGUACAGAUUGGGAACAACUCGAUCCCUUCUAGUGACCCAAGAUGCAACCGAGCACAAAAUCAACUCUGCAUUGGAAGCAUCAAGACUCCUCACCACAUUGGGACUUUUGGUACCUCACCCCAGCGAAACUCCCCAGGCGUCACAACACAACUGGGAUCCGGCAAACAUAGCGCCCUUUGUGCCGGCAGCAGGAGGCAUGGACUCCCUCAACAACUGACUAAAGCUGCUGAUACUGACAUGUAUAAUUGUGCAUAGUUACAGUUUGUGUUCUGCUCUAGCAGUCUUCUCCUGUUACACACCUCCCACACACCUCUGGAAAAUCGCCCUAUGCAACCCAACACAUAAGGGCAGUGGAGCAGACGAGACCCUCCUAGCACACACCGGACCAUAACGGCCCAGAGACCACAUCCUACUUUAACGCUGGCAAGCCACUUUACUUACAUACCAUCCCUCCCCCCGUGGCCCCCUCGGUUAGGGUCACAUCUCAUCCCAUCUCAUAUUAUUUACAGAGGUAACGCCAGGCACAACUGUCAGGACCAGCACCCCCAUGCUACCUCACGGCACAAGCCUUGCUAAAUCACCUGACCCCACACUCCGCUAGUCUAACAUUCUCCCACCUGAAUUCUUCCACAUUGAACAAUUAUGCAUACACCCUAAACAUGCAUAACAUACAUCCCAAACCUGAUCUAGAUUACCAGUAAUACAAAUCUCAUUCUAAGCUCCAGGUUUUUGUUGCAUGUAAGCUAACUUGUUUUAUUAAAAAAAAAUACAGUGCUGUUAAAAUGACAUGUGGAACCGAUCUAUAAUGAACAGACUGUUAUCUUGUAAACGCAUUCUCAUGUCAAUGGGAAAUAACUGAUCUUGUACCUACCUAGCACUACAAAAAUAAAGAAUUUAAAAAAAAUACAAAAUCAUCAAUCUUGACCUUUUUAUCGUAAUUUGUAGAAGUGGAAUUAGAGAGAAAGAGAAAAAAAGGUCUACACGGUGAAACAUAUUUCAGAGAAAAGCCAAGACCCUGUUAUUUAUUUCUAUUCUUGCAUUUUUAUUUAUUGUUUAGUUAUAUAUACUAUACUAUAGUAUUGUAUAAUUUUCUAUACUAUGCUAUACUAUAUAAUGAUAUGUUUAUGCUAUUCUAUACUGUACUAUACUAUAUCAUGCUAUGCCAUUCUCUGCUAUACUUUGCCAUGCUAUAUUGUUUUUGUCAACUAUGCUUUAGAAGUACUUAUACUAUUAUAUCAAACGAGCAGAGCAAGGAAAGUGAUAUGGUAUAGUGUUAUACCAGUGUUACAGUGGUAUAGUAUAUAGUGUUUACCAGUUCUAAGAAUUAAUAAUCAAUCUAACAAGAGAAUUAAUUGUGCUUCUUAUUAUUGUAGGUACCAUCGAUAGUUCUAAACCAGAUUAUAAGUGUAACCGAUGUGUAUCUCCUGGCUUUAUAAUGUAUAGUAAUUGGUUAAGCCAUGCAGGUCUAAUUUUUCAGAACAAUUUACAUACUUUAUUAUAUUUAUGGAAAUGUCUGUUUGUUGGAUCAGUGAGUGUGAAAUGAAAAGUGUCCAUCUGUUUCCCGACCAUCUGACAAUCAUACUAUAUGUGUGUAUUUGAUUUAGGAUUUUCUGCGCAAUAUACCUGACAGUAUUCUAUCCUCAGACAUGCACGGACUGUGGAUGGAGGUUACAGAAAUGGAAAAUCAUGAAUAUAAGAUUGAAACUAUUAAAAGGUCAGUAUAUCACUUUAAGAUUACAAAAAAUCUGGAGACACACAUAUUUUGCUUUCUUGUUAAUAUUCUUGUUUACAUUAUCAUAAUUCUAAACAAAAUGUCUAAAUAUACUGUAUAUGCAGAAAAGAUCUAUCUAUCUAUCUAUCUAUCCAUCCAUCCAUCCAUCCGCUGAGGUGUUUUGUCAUCACUAAUGACAAGCACUCCCCAUUUCAAAGUGAGCAUGUUGGUUCAAUGCUCUUCCAGGGCAGCCCAUGCGCAGAGCCACUGUGGAGAGCCCUGCUGAUGUGCUUUCGCAUGAGAAAAAGGCCCUGUGGUUGUUCUGUGCAGCAUAAGGACAUUUAUUAACAUGCUUGUGCUGUGUUAGCUUAUGACUUGUCUCUGCUGUCUCCAUAAGUGGGAUACCAGUGGGCAUAAUUGCCAGUAAAACGUAUUGUGCAUGUGUUUGGAGGAAGCUUGUGGGAUUGCGUGUGUGUGGUGUUUUGUGUAAAUAGGCCAGUUUCAGUUAUCUUGCAUUUGUGGUAUAAUAUGUGAGGCUAGGGCUGGAGAGAGUAAGAGAGAAUGUGUGUGUAUAGAGGGCAUAGUGUAUAUAGGGGAUGUAGCGAGUGUGUGCAUAGGGGCUGUAGUAUAUGUGUGUAUAGGUUAUGUAGUAUGAGUAGGGGUUGUAAAGUGUGUAUGUUUAGAGACUGUAUUAUGCAAUUGCUUACAGGGGAUUUAGUUUGUGCACAGGGGAUUGCACAGGGGAUCCCGAGUGCAUAUGUCAUUUGUGCAUAUGUGUGUGUAGGUGGUGCAGUGUGUGCCUAUAAGGGGAUCUAUUGUAUGCGUGGAGGACCCACAGUGUGCAUAAGAGAUUUAGUGUGUGUGUGUAGAGGAUUCGGAGUGUGUAUAGGCAUGCUAGUGUGUGUAGAGGAUCCAUAGUUGUGCAGGGGUUCUAGUGUGUGUGUGUCUGGAAUGUAAUGUGUGUAGUGGUGCAAGGUGUGUGUGAGGGGUUUCAAUUUGUGUUUGAGGGGUGCAGUGUGUGUGAUGGGUGCACUGUGUGUGAGGGGUCCAGUGUGUGUGUGUGUGUGAAGGGUGCACCCGGUGUGUAAGAGGUGCAAUGUGCAUAUGUGAGAAGUGCAGUGUGUGUGGUGCAGUAUGUGUGUGAGGGGUGUAGUCUAUGUGUGUAAGGUGUGUGUGGGGUGCAGUGUGCGUGUGGGCUGCAGUCUGUGUGUAAGGAGUGCAGUGUGUGUGUGUGGUGCAGCGUCUUUGUGUGUAAGUGGUGCAGUUUGUGUAGGAGGGGUGCAGUGUGUAUGUGUGUAUAGUGGGUGCUAUGCGUGUGUGUAAGGUGUGUGUAAGGGGUGCUGUGUGGAGGUGUGCAAUGUGUGUGUAAGUGGUGCAGUCUGUGUCGGUGUGUAAGGUGUGUUAGGGGUGUUUAUCACAAGCUGUUACAUGUUCAAUAGUCUAUGACUAAAUUGUAGGCAACUCUAAGCUCAGUCCUGAUAUUGUAAAUCAUUGCAUAUUAGUUUGACAACCUACCUUGUGGGUAUACAGUGCUGUAAAUCCUGGGGCAGGAUGAGAUUUCAUCCCUGCUGGAUGCUGUAGCUGCUGAAACCAUACUGAGUUCAAUCUUCUUUCCAAAGUUAGUUCCUGUGUGCAGCUGAACUUGAUAGGAACUAUCAGCCAAAUGAGAAUUAGGGCUGUUGAGUUUAUUCAAUAGGACUUUAAACAGUUUGAAACAUAACGAAUUAUCCACUUCAACAUUUCCUAUAAAGCUGAAGAAUUGUGUGUCCCCAUGGGGAGAAAACCACGAUGGACGCAAUGUUUAUUAGUAUUAGGACAAGUGUGCGGCAUAUGUUUUUCCCCUAGUGCAUCAGUGACUACUGGUCAACUUAGCAUACAUGUCUAAUCCCCAAUAAAAUGGGGACAUCAUACAAAAUUGUGAGUUUAGGAUUUACAAGCAGACAACUGAAUUGUUUUACCAACUUAAGAAAUAAUGGUGUAAAUUUUUCCUCUUGCUUGUUAAAAUAUUGCAAAUAUCGCACGUCCAUUUGUGAUGAAUAAAAACUCAAUAAGAAAUUAGGCUACAAAUAUACAAUCACUAUAGGGUCAGGAACACAAACAUGUAUUCCUAAACUUAUUGUGUCAAAUACAACAUCUAGGCCCUUUGACCAUCUCUUGCCCUCUGAAAUAUAGUAAAAUCAGCAUCGGAUUGGCUGAGCCUGUCAAGGAAGCAGAUCAGGGCAGAGCCAGCACAAGCGAAACACAGCCCUGGCCAAUCAGCAUCUAUUCAUAGUUGCAUUGAAUCAAUGCAUCUCUAUGAGGAAAGUUCAAUGUUUCCAUGCAGAGGGUGGAGGCACUAAAUGGCAGUGUUGCACACUGUGCAGCACUGCCUCAGGGAGCACUUCUAGUUGCCAUGUGAGGAUUGUCCACUGGAGGCAUCCCUAGGGUGUCAUGUAAACACUGCAUUUUCUCUGAAAAGACAGUGUUUACUGCAAAAAGCCUGAAGGGACUGAUUAUGCUCACCAGAACAAAUACAAUAAGCUGUAGUUGUUCUGGUGACUAUAUUGUCACUUGAAGACCAACACAAUCUGAUUUAUUUUUAAAUAACUGAUGACAAUGGUGUAAAUAUUAUAUCAAAUCAAAAAUAAACAAAUUUUGUCUGGGUAUUUCGUGUAUAAUUGUCUUUCAUGAUGUACUACUAUUUAAAAAGAAAUAAUAAUGGUGAAAUAAAACAACACUAUCCUUUGCUUCAGGCUGGUGGAGCAGCUUCCAGAUGCCAAUGCUGUGCUACUCCAACAUUUGUUUGCCGUUCUCUAUCACAUUAAUGAGAAUUCUGAAGAAAACCAAAUGACAGCUUUCAAUCUGGCUCUCUGCAUAGCACCCAAUAUAUUAUGGUUGCCUACACCCAGCGACCCUGAAGAAGAGACCAAAUCGACUAAAAAGGUAACCAUAUAAUCAAUUCAAACUUCUGCAUUCUUAUUACUAUUAUUCACACACAAUAAUCUGUUUUAUAAAGAAUGUUUAAAAAAUUUUUAAUUACAAAACCUUCCCCAAUAUUAAUUGCAAAAUGGUGAUCACUGAUAGUCAUUGUUGGGUGCCUCGACAACUGUCAGUAAAAUUAGAUUUGGUUUAAUCAUUUUCCCUCUAAACCCAUAUCCCAUUCUCCUUCGGGUCUUUGUUUAAACAGUUACAAUAAAAGAUAACAAAAUAUAAAUAGAUUACAAGUUCUCUUUGCACUUGCUGUAUGAUGACCUUGUAUAUUUUCCAUCUUGUACUCAAACAUUUUUAAUUGUAGAAAUAUUUCCGCAAUAUGCGGAACAGUGAAUUCCUUUCACAGUACUCAGAACAUUUUGGCUGGUGUCUGCCUUGUGUUGUCCAUUUUUGAAUUACACUGAAACUUUAGAAUGCCUGCACACUGUGUUCUCUUUUAAGGAUUUCCUUCACUUCUAGACUCAUUAAGAGACUGACUAUAUUUAACAUUAACUGAUUUUCUUUAUCAGCUUGAUGAAACUUUUAAAAAUAGCUCCUAAACUAACACCCACGCCUAAAUGUUUAUAUAUUUUUUUUUUGUUUCUAUGUGUACAUUAUUUUUCUCCUAAACUUCAGAUUAUUUUUUUCCCUAAUCUAUAUUUUAUGGGGUUUUGUUUCAGAAAAUGAUUACAUAUAUAUUUAGAUUUUUUUUAUUGUUUAUCUAGGUAGCUAUUUUAGUGCAAUUUAUAAUUGAGAAUUACCAACUCAUAUUUGGGCAAGAUGUAGCAUCAUUAUUUAGAAAACCUGACAAAGAUCCAGCAACAAGCAUUGAAGAUUUAUCAGGUAAGCGAGAUACUUAUGAUGUUCAAAAGAACCUUCUGAUAUUAGACAACAAAAUUCAAAGGAUAAAGGACAGUGGCUGUAGUGAAUCAUUCACAAAUCACAAAUAAGAGGGUCUGCUAUAGCUAAACAUCUAGUGAUUGCAUAGAUUCAAUUCUAUUACUGCAGGGCACAGUUUCAAUUAAAACAUUUUAAAAAAAUAAUCAGGUACAAUUAUAAUUUUUUUUAAAAUUACAAAAUGAACAAAACUAAUCUUUCAGGCUCCUUUUACAUUUGCUAGCAACAUAUAUUAAAUUACAAUAUAUAUAUAUAUAUAUAUAUAUAUAUAUAUAUAUAUAUAUAUAACAAUAAAAUGUCCAUAAAUGUUAUAUUUUAGUACAAUCAUUAAGGUAAAUUUUAGUAUUUAAUACUUUAUUAUCUUGUAAAAACUUGUCAGUAAAUUAAAAAAUAAUUGUGCAUGCUUAGUGUAUGUAUCCAGUGACUCAUAAUGCUUUUUUUUAAUAUGUAUAGGCAUAAUCCAUGGACAGGAUUCAUCAGAUGAACUUGAAUUUACAGCUUCAGACUUGGAUAAGUCAGAUCCGAACCUGUUGAAAGACACAGAUGGGAUGUUUGAUGAGUCAUUGCUAAUGGAUGAAAGGGAAGACUGGGAUCUUUUCAGUGAAAUAGCUGCCUGUUAUCAAAGUAAAACCAGGAUGGACUCCUUGGAGUGUUUCAACAAAGAUCCAUUCAGCUGUUUAAACUCUGCAUGCUGUCUUAACCCAUCCCGGGACAGAUGUUCCUCUGAGCCGAGUGUAUGCCUCAGUUCCAAGAUCUGUGCACCGGAUCAUGAACCUGUCGCUCGUCAGUCUAGCUGCGAUGCCACCAUUAUGCACAACCAUAUUGAAUACAUCAAUCAACUAAAGCAGCUUCAGCUGGAAACUAAGAAACUGUUAAAUACAGAGCUUAACUCAGCCAUGAACAAGCGUACCAUUAGGAGAUCCCCUCAGCCCAGCUGCAGACAGAAGAAGACGACACAAAAUUUAGCACCUUCUAGCAGAUCAAGCUAUUCAAGUCUGUCUUCCACCACCACCUCUCCGUCAGUCUCUUCCUUAAGUUCCCUAGACAGCGCUUUUUCUUACUGUUCAGAGUCAUCUGUAUUCAGCCCUACUGAUGUCACUUCAUUACCAUUCAUGUUUGGAACAUCAGCUCGACUGCAUACAUUGUCCCCAGAGAUCUCUAAAAAGAAAUUGAAAGAGUGGCACCUUCCCUUGUCUACACUUUUUGCUGACACUCCAUGUGGUCUAGAUUUAGGUGAGAGGCAGGAGAUAUCUAGUGAUAAAACCAAUGAAAUAGUGAAUGAUGAACUCACCAGUGAGGCUAUAAUACAAAGAAAUACUCUCGACAACAUUUCUAGAAAAUCCUUAGACUGUGAUGUACACUGUUCUGUACAAUCUGAAACUGGCUCUAUUUCUUUGGAAACAAAACCAGAAACCAAAUAUAUUGAAGUCAAAGCAGAGAAUGGACACUGUGUGCGCAAGGAGACUUCCAUAAAGCAUGUAGAGAUAAGGAGACAAGAGUCUUCCAAUGAUGACAGUCUGAAGAGCACAAGAGUCAUGCUUUUUAUGCCUCCAAAUAUUAUUCCAGCAAAUAACCAAAAUGGUCAAAAUGAAAAUAUGGGUAUAGAAGGCUCAGACACUCAAUCAGUGAAACCCCAAAUACCCCAGACUGUGUUCUAUGGCCAAAAUGCCCCACUUGUUUUGCAUUCAGUUUCCAGGAGGCAGCACUCCGAUUUAGAAAAACCACAUUGGCAAACACAACUAAAACAUGUCAAAAGUCCAUCUCCUACAAAGACAACAUUAACUGACAACACAGAGCAAGCCGAGGACUGCCCUUUGGUUUGUGUGGACAAAGACUUAAAUGGUGUACAGAUUUUAGAGAAAGUUGACACUGAGGAUACUAUUAAAGAUUCAGAAGUAAAAAGAAGUCAUGGCAAGUCCAUUGCCUCCUUUACUCAAACUAUUCGCAUUAUAUUACCAACGUCUGUAAGAAACACUGUGAGGGAGUACUUUAAGCACAGUGACGAACAAUCUAGUAGCUCUUCUCAAGAAGAGACUUUGGAACAAAAAGUAAUAGAUAGCAGAAUGGAGGACUCCCAUCUUUCAGGAGCAGACACCUCUGGAGAAACCAAGAAGAAAACCUGUAUUGUGGUUGAAGAAUCGUUUGUGUAGGAAUGACCAGUGAAGAAAGAACCAUUGAAAAUGUUUUGAAUUGUAAGAGAUAUGAAUAUGUACAAAGUCCAAGAUGUGAAGAGUUGAAUUAUGUGUAAAAAUUGGGUCAAAUAUUAAGUUUGCUUAAACAUAUGUAAAUGUUUGAUACUUUGAAGAACAGAUGGCCACUUUGUACUCUGAUUCAUAUGUACACAUUUCUGUUCUUCCGGCAAUACAUGAUGUCAGGAUAUUUCCCCUGAAAGGCUUCAGAAUAAUAUGCAAUAACAGGAAAAGUAUAUCUUUCAUGUUGUUUCUCAGGAUUGUACUACAUCCAGGUCAUCUGGCUGCCCCAAUCAUUAUGAAGGAACAGCUGUGAAACUUUAUGUAAAUAGCUCUAGAACAAUCAAGAAAACAAGUAGCCGCCACAAAGAGGUGUAAAUAUUCUUGAAAAUGAAAAUUCCAUCUAGACAAAUUAAGCAAUAAAUGUAAAAUAAAUUGGGUUAAUUGAUAGUUGACAAUAUAAUAAUACAAAACACAGAAAUGUUCAAAAUAAUGAUGUGGAUGGCCAUGUGGGUUCAGCUGUAGAAUAGUACUGAGCACAGUUUUAUUCAUUUUUUUAUAUAUCCUCCCCAAAUAUUAAGGAUCCCUUUCAUAGCAGGUGAUAGGGGGAUACUGCCAUAUUGCCUCUAAGGAAGAGGUUAAGGUGGACAUAUCCUGAUAUCCUGUAAUCUUCGGGGCCUGGAAGACUGAAUGUGCUGUAAUUUAUUAUCUCUGUCAUAUGCUUUGAUUUGUAUCUUUUUUUAUUUGUUCAUUAAAAAAAAAAAUUACAAAAAUCACAUUACACAAAAGAACUAGUUCUGCUUUCAGCCGAGUUAUCUUCACUUGCUUCAGCUACCUAGGAAAUAGAUAACUCUGUAUAAAAUACUGUGAGAUAAAAUAUAUAAUAUAAAUUCACUAAAUGGCAAUAACACUUGCAAGCUCACAUAAUCAACAAAAUUUUUUAUUUUUUUUUACAUUGAGAACAUACUUAAUCUUAAAGGAGAAUCAUAAAAAUGUGAGACAGCUUCCUGAGUAGAAUUUUACUUCCAACUAAAGUAUCCGAUUUAAAUGAUUAUCACCUUCAUUCCUGCUUAUUUAGUGUUGGAUUCCAACACAGGGCCACCAUCAGGGCUCGGACUGUUCAGGGAGAGACUGUUCAGCCAUCAGAGCAUUACCACGGCACAUAGGCCGGGGUCAAGAGAGAGAGCGAGAGGAGCUGCUGAAAACUGAAGAUCGAGUGUGUAGGGCCCCCUCUUCACUAAAAAUGCAGCUUGCAGCCUGCACAAUGCCACUGGACCCAUCUCCCUGCCUCUUACCUGUCCCUUCCUCCCUGGCCACAGGUAAGAGGCAUGGAGAUGGGAAUAAAAUGUAAAUUAUUUUAAAAACAUGAAUAAGGAAAAAAUGCUUUUUGCCCACAGAAUGCAGCCCCUAUCCUAUCUGACAUAUUCACAAACACACACACACACACACACACACACUGAAUCCAAUACACACACACUGCAUCCACUACACAAACACACACACUGCAUCCACUACACACACUACAUCCACUCUACACACACCAUCUACAUCCACUACACACAAACUGCAUUCACUACACAUCUACUGCAUCCACUACACACCCGCACACAGUCUGCAACAAUUAAAUAUACACUGCAUCCACUAUACACAUACUGCAUCCGCUACACACACAUAGACUCGAUUCAUUAAACACCCGCACUCUGCAUGCACUACACACACUCUACACCAACAGUAAACACACUGCAUUCACUCUAUACACACUGCAUCCAUUCUACACACACUGCAUUCUUGUGGGCAGAUGCAGGGAGAGCCCUGUGGGCAGACUCGGGGGUGAGCCCCAAUGGGCCUAGACCUUGAGCUGUGUAUUUCUGAUAGCAGCCCUGAUCUUGAUUUACUUCCUAGUAAUUUAAUUUUGUGAAAUGUCACCCCAGAUACAGGCCUCCAAAAUGAUUAACUUAUGGUGUCCUGUCCCGCCUUCUUAAUUAUGUUUCCUAAUGUUCAGGAAAUUGUACCCAACCAGCAUAGCACAACUUCAAGCUGAGGGAGGGCACUAGAACCAUGCAGAAGGCUUAAGCAUCUGUACAUGGUUUGCCCUAAGUCGGGCCGGCCACCAAGCUGUAAUUCAGUCUGGUGCGUAUCCACACCGGAGUGACAUGCCCUUACUAUGGACUGAAAAUGGUUGGCAAUGCCUGCCUGCUCACUUGUGUAUUGUUAGUGACGCACCCCCAAAGCCCUCCCUUGAUGGGCCUGAUCACAUAUUUCACAAAGUUGGGAGGCAUGAUGAUAGGUAACUUAUUCUGGUUGAAUAAAUGUUUAUUUUGAAAAAAUACACGACAAUAUUAUUUACCUCACACUUAAAUUACUUGGAUACUUCUUAACACAAAGUCAUAUAUUUCAGGAAAUGUAUGUUGUAAUCAUAUCUAAUUUAUGACUAUUGUCUUAUUAUUAUGAAGGAGACUGAAUGUUGUUGAGGGUGUGUGUAAGUGUUAAAAGAGAGGUAGGUGUGUAGUAUGCAUACAGAGAGAAGUAAACGAUUGCGACCUGGCUGAUUUGUGCUUCAUAGACCACUAUGCAACUAUGAAGACUGAGGCAGGAGCUUGGGGUGAAUUAUUCAUCAAAUAUAAGUAUUCGCCUGAAUACGUUAUAUCUCGGUAAGCUGUUAUAGGCUUAUAUAAACCCAAUAUCUGCCAGUUGUGCCAAUCCUGUAGUGUGUAACAGUAUGUGACUAGGUCUCUCAUAAUGCAAAAGUGUUGGUUACAGUAAUGUUUGUUUAGUCAAAGUGAGACAAAAUUAGAAUUAAUAGAAUGUAAAUAAUGAAGUUAUAACAGGUGAGAAAAGUUUACAGAUUUAUUUUUAUAUGACAACAUUAGAACAAAUGUAAGCCGAUAUCAAAUAUAAAAGAAAAAAAAUACCUUGAAAUAAUAAAGGGACUCUGAUGUACAAAGUGGAAACUUUAUGGAUAUAAAAUAGCCAAUAUAAUAUUUUUUUAAAUAACAAAAACGUCAACAAUGAAGCUCUAAAAUUAGUGUUCAGAGUUAAUCUAUCAUUGGAAAAACAAGAACCCUAGUUUGCAUUUCUAACACACUUUAUUAAAGGGACCCAGUAAAACAGAAAAGAGAAAUGUUUCAAGAAUUAUAUUUUUAUUUGUAUUUUUGUGUUUUUCUCAAUGUUAAAAAUGCAAUUUUGUACUAACAUUGGACAUUUUGUAAAUGUUCCAUAAAUGUAUUUGUAUACUGUUCAGCAUUGUUAAUAAUGUAAUAAAACGUCUUAUUUAUUGAAAACGCAUUUAUUGGAUAAAAGACAAAUGCCCAUAAUUUGUAAGUAAAAUGUUCCCCACAAAUCCCCUUUUGUAUAAUAUGACCCACCAACAUUAACCCCCAACCAGCCUGAAAAUAAAAACUACUUUUUUUAAUAUUUUUAUUUGACAUCCUCUGCUCCAAAAAUUUGGCCUGCUAGUCGUCCAGUUUUAAAUAUUGCCUUAAAUAUUUUACCACUAAGUGGAACUCUUUCACAAACUGUUUAAGCUCCUUGAUGAAAAAGCACAAUGAGUCAUAUAUAUUUGCUAAGAAAACAUACUGAAUAUAUGUUGUUCUGUAAAUUUCACAUGCACAGCUCCUUUGUAUUGUAAAUACAAUUUGUUUCUCUGUCUGUCUUCACUUUGUUUUUCAGUUCUUUUUUGCCACCAGCGGUUGUAACUAUUUCAAUAAAACAAAAAUGAUUGCAC